AUGUCAAGUAGCCCCGAAGAAAGUCGUUCAAGGGGCGGCGGCUCCAACAGCGACCUGAAACUGGCGUCUUCGAGCAACACAUCACCCGAGGGUGGACCUCCACCGCCGCUGCACCAGAACCGAAUACGGCAGGUGGGUGUCUGUCCGCAGCCAGCUCUCCGCAUUGACUGGCCCAGUCAGCCGUGUAAAGAGCAGCACCGCACCGCUGCUGAUGCUGAGGCAGAUCAGUCAAAGGCGUUGCCGUGCUUAAGCAGGCGAUCUGACACAUUUCCUCCGAGGUUGCGUUGGUUUGACUCUAAAUUAGCUUCUUAAGGAAACAAGCUUGUGUGCUGGUGAAAUACCAUCUGUUUUGAGGAGAGAUGUGAGUGAUGAGCUUCAGGGUAAAACUGUGAUAAUCCCAAAACAGGCCAAUUGUUUCAGUUGUUACGGUCGCAGUAUAAACACCUCAAGACUUACACUGACUCCUCCAGUUACUAUGACUGUUCAGGCUUUAGUGAGGUAAUGUUUACAUCCCCACUUUUAGACCAAGAUGAUUCCUGAUGGUUAGAAAGUGACAGGGGUUUUGAAGUGCUGUCUUUACCUUUAAUCAGGAAAUGACAUGAAGGGUAGUUGCUUUCUCAGCCAGUGUUUAAUUCUUUAUUGACAGUUUGCCUGAGACUCAAUUCAAAGGCUUGUUUAUGUGUUCUCUUAUAAUACACUCCAUGUUAAAGACUGUGUGUGUGUGUGUGUGUGUGUGUGUGUGUGUGUGUGUGUGUGUCUCUCAGGGCUGGGCAGGUUUUCCAGUAAGUCUUUCUGUCCUUGUAAAGAGGAAACCCUGACAUUGCUUCUUCUUGUUGUUUUCUUGUCCUCUACUUCACAACUUCACCUCAUGCAUGUAUUACGAAGACUGAACUGCAUUUUAAUGAUUCAAUGUUACAUGUCUGGAAAAAUUAGCUUAUCAGUUUGCAAUCAUUUUAUUUAGCUCCAUCUUCAAGUCUGUAUGAAAAUGAGUGAUAAAGUAGUGUUUGAAUGUUUAGUGUAAACAUCUAGACUUGAUCAUGUAGUGUGGGUUUGUGUUGUCAAAGUGAGUCAGGGGAUGGUAGAUGGCUGCUUCCUGUCUCGGUGCACUCUCAGGCUAAUGUGAUUUCAGUAAUGGACUGUAGUGCUACAUACACACACACACACAUACACACACAGACACACACACACAGACAGACACACUUAAGUCUCUUCCUUUAGGGUGGGGCCAUGGUGCUCACAUACUUGGGAUGUAAUCAGUAGUUUUUGUGAGUGCAAAACUGAAAAAUCUAGCUUUAAACCACGUGAGUGCAAUCUCUGUGUAUAAUCUUGUACCAUUUAAAUAUCUUUGAGUCAUCUUUACAAACUCUGGAGAUAGAAAUAGUGUAGUAUUUUCACUGUGAAGUCGUAAAACAAGCCUGAAGUUUAAGCUGUUGUAGUUUUCAUCUUUUUGAUUGUUGAACCUUGUUUAGAGGAACCGUUUAAGCUUUUACUUUGGAGUAGGUACUCUAAAUGUGAUACAGGUUAAAGACAUCCUGGUACUCAUAUCUCCUUCAAACACAGUUAUAUUCUUGAAUAAUAGUCAACAGUCGCAGCUCUCCACAGCGUCCUUUAGCCUAUCAGUGAUGUUGCUUAAGCGAUGCUGCUUGAAUUACUCUUGGUCAUCUGAUGCCACUUCAAGGUUCACAUCAGUCAUCACCGUGGCUCUGCAAAUGCAGUCCCUAUGGUGUGUUUUUCUCAGGGAACUCUGAUUGUUUUUCUUCCCGAUGGCAAAGAUCUCACCUGAGUGGAACAGGGGAAGCCACAUUAAACAUCGCAGAGUUUAGUGCCUCCAACUCAGCCCCACUGAUUGGUACCAAGACGUAGUGAUAAAAGAACAAGUCCCCCUCUUCUCACCGGUCGGUCUGCUCUCACUUAUUCUCUCAGAGUAGAUCAGGAUGGUGUGGAUGUAUACAGAGUGUGUUUAAGUAGCAUUCCCUUUUAGUGUCGAAAGUUAGACAGGGGAAUCUAAAGUAAGAAAAACACCACUGAUGCAAAGAGGUAACACUCUGAAUUUGACAUUGUCUGUUUAUUUUACUAUUGUAAAAAGGAAUUGCACACUCACUAGAUUAAUGCUGGGAGAGGCUAUGCCAUGAUUCUGAGUGGUUUAUGAAUACCACCGAGCCUCCGCCCAUUGAUUAGGGAGUAAAUUGUUGUCUAGAAGGGUGAAAUAGAAGACGAGGAUAGUUACAGCACAAGCAGAGCCUUUCAAUACCAUCUUCUUAAGAGAACUCAUAAAAGAAGUGAAAAGAAAAACAGGUCCUGUUGCUCCAUUGAUGUGUAACACCAUUACAGCUAGCACUUGAACGUUUCUAUAGAAAUGAACCUAACUUAGACUACAUACUUACUUGAUAUCUUACUGUCUUACUUACUAACUUUAACUUACGACAUGUAGCUGUACAUAUAUAUCAUAUAAUUACAUAACUAUUUGAAUUGUUUGGUUUACUGUGGAAACAUAUUUUUGUAUAUGAUACUGUUGCUCUUUUAUUUCAAAGGUAUCCUGCAAAUGAUUAUUUUUUUCCGUAUUUUAUUGAAUCUUUCCUUUCAGUAACUUUUGUUUCACACAAAAUGCCUUAUCAGGAACAGCAACCUUCGACUUCCCUUUUACAAACAAAGCACUUCAAAUGUCUCAUAAUUAUACUAAAUUAAGUGGAUAUUGACUCUGUACAGACAAAACGCUUAGUUUCUUCAUUGCUAUAAAAUAAAACCACAGUUCUUAUGCAAGUAUGGAAAAGUGUGGAAGUAAUUUGAUCAAUUCCAGGUCUUAAAAACUAGGGUAAAUGAAAAAUUAAGUAUGGAAAUAUAUUUAUGUUAACAGACUAUAUUACCACAGUUAUAAAAUACUGUUUUCCAAAUAGAAAAGUAGAUGUUUCCAAGAAUAUUUCUAAAAAGUAGAGUUUGGAAAAGUAUGAAAAUUCCAACUGUGUAGGAACCCUGUAAAACCCCAAACUCCUGUCACCUCCAUUAUGUAGUGUAUGCACAGAAGAAUCACCUCUGCAGGUCACUCUCUGUAGGGCGAGAUGUCAACAGUGGUCAGGUGGAACCAAGCACUCCUGUACAUUUACUGUUAUCUCAGUGAACUGACCCCUCCAGGUUGGUGGAGGAUCUGUGAAAAACCAUGUGCGAGUUAUAAGAAUCAACACUUUUAGAUAAGGGAGACUUCAGAUGAAAAAUGACUAAACGCUGACACAGACAGAAAUAACAGAUCAGUGCGUGUGGGACAAAAGAAAAAAGCAACAAAGGGACACAGUGAGACGUGAGGCUCUUAGUUCCAGGUCUAAAAAUACCUCUGGUCUCUCGCGUGAUUGUCCUGGAGAAAAAUAGCGUCUCCCUCAUCGAGUGGAUGUGUGUCCAUGUCUCUGUGCUCACUGAACCUGUGUCACUGAGCAUUAACUCGCAGCGCUGGCUUAGUGUUCGAUUAGUGGUUUCUAGUUUAUUUUUCCUAUCUGAAAGGCACAGAGACUUUCUCAGACUGUGUCAAACCUCUGUCUGUAAAGUUCACUGUCCUGUGGUGUGAUGGUGGAUACUUGAAAGAGCAGUUUACUGAGAUCACUCUAGAAAUGUAAAUGUCCUUUGCAGUCUGAUACCAUAACUGAAAUCCUAGCACUUUAAUAGUUCAGUUCAGACAUACCAGGCACCUUCGAGGCACAUUUGUAUCCAGCUGAAUAUACAAAUAUAAGGAGUUUGUUUCCUCAAAAAGACUUAAAUAUAUUUUGAUAGUUCCAUCUCCCCUUACAUUCUCUCUCCACCUUAAAAUGCGGGUUUUAGUCUCUAGUUUUUCCUUGCCUUCUUGGCCUCUUCCCUAUUUGUCUCCCAUUUCCAUCCUCCAGCCCCACCCUCAUCUGUGCCCCAGGUCCCGAGACUGAGAUCCUGAUGUGCCAGGAGGUCAGAUUUCACUGCAGCCUCUUGACAUUUUCUUCGGACUCUCCUCCGCCUCUCUGUCUGUGUUUCUCCUGCCUCUCUGUAUCUGCUAACCUAUCUGUCUAUCUCUCUUUUUCACCAUUGGGAGUGGUAUGAUAGGAUUCUGCAGGAAGGGAGUCCUAAUGGAGCCAUGGCCCUCAUUACAUUACCUCUGCACAGCUAGAGCCACACACACCCACACCCACACCCACACAUGUAGCCUUAGCUGGCCUUUAAAGAAUGAUGUCCUGCUUUGGUCAAAUGAGGUCUCUGCGGUGCCGUUUUACAGAGUGUAUAAACAUACAAACACACGAACAUUAACUGUGUUUCACAAAGCUGUUAGAGCACCUUACUGGUAAACAGUGCUGACAUGAACACCUGGGACUGACUCCAUAAUAACUACUGAUGGUGGCCUCUACUAACAUUCAUAUAUAACCCUGAUGGUUACCAAACACCAUUAAGAUUUGACAGUUGUUUCCUGAGAGGUACUUGCUUAGCAGUGCAUUGUUGUGCACAUGCUGAAGGCGUGAUUCGGCGAAGAAUAAGUCUCUGGUUCAACACUUGACCAUAAUAACAUCAGUUUAAAAAGAAAGACUUGAUUGUUUUUGGAUAUUAUGUAUUCUUGAAAACGAGUUUUGCCACAAUAAACCUCCUUCAGUGACAUUCAUUGUGAGGAUGCAGUCUCAUGUUGUUUAUGCUUCCACCCCAUGAAGCAGGUUUUAGAUGGUGCCAUGUGAUAUACUGUACAUGCUGAUGUUAUUUAAGAUAACAAUUAGUAUAAAGUUACAGGCCUGUAAGCAAAAGUGAUGCAUAAGUUUACAGAAUAAGAGGGUGGCUAAUUUGACUGACAGAUGUCCUGGUUGUUGUUGUUUGACAAGGCCCAUGCUGGUUCCUAGCUUGAUCAUAAGAUUGGUUAAACUCGCAUUUCAAUAGGCUUCAACCAGCAUCAGAGACCGACAUGUGAUGUUACUUGAUAAGAGGAAGGAUAACAGAAGUAAAAAAAGGAAAAAAGGAGGCCAUGUCACAUUAGCUAUCAAAAGUGUUGGUCAACAAAAUCCCAAAGGUACACAAUGCCGAAGCGAGCAGAUCUUCACAAGCUAAAGGGGCCGAAAUCAAAACCCAAUUUUCGAUCAAUCUAUUACUAAUAAAAUAAUUAAAUAAUCAAAAGUACUACGAUGUACACAAUAUUUUCUCAUUUUCAAAUGGCUGUCUUAAAAAAUUGCUGAUUCAUUGAGUCAAUUACAACCCUAAUGAUAAUGAAGUGAUUUUGAUAUAAAAGAAUAUAAAAAAGACUUUUAUGGAACUGUAGCCAUAAAUAACGUGUCGUAUUUGAUCUUAACUUUUAAACCACUCUGUUAUCUGUUUAGCUAGAGAGUUAUUUUAGAUUCUUUUUGAAUUCCAAAGUAGACAUUUAACUGUCACCGUUAAUCUUUCUUGUUAUUUUAGCUCUAUCCUUUCAUUUCUACUUGUGUAAAGGAAAUAUCCCACUGGGGUACAUCCACCUUAGAAGGUGACUAAUUUUGGCGUGAUACCCGGGCCUCCAAAUACCAAGUCGCCACUUUGUCAACCAGCUCUGAUGCAAUACACGAGCAACAGUAUGAGUUUCCACACUGCGUAAUGGUGAUAUGCUUGGUGUUCAAAGCAUUCCUGUCCUGGAUCCAAAAUCCGUAUGACAUGUCCAUACUCGGUUACAAACGGCAUCUUGCCACCGUAUCCUGAACUGCCCUUCAUGGUGGUCACGGUUGCCCAUAACCAGUUAUGGUGACCUAGUUGUUUGUGACACCUUCUCUCUGACCUAUUUAAUGCUGACUGAUGUUUGAAAGGAAGUGGUAGCAUCAGUUCAGUCACACUUUACCAUCACCAUUGUUAAUAUCGUUGAUAUUUCUUGACAAGGAACACUUCGGUGGAAGGAGAGAUAGCGUGGAUUUGUAAUGUCUAAAAAUGACUGCAUUAACCUGCCACAGCUGUAACAUACGGUGAAUAAAAAUAAGACAACAAACUAUAGAAAUCUGUCCUCAACAAGGGAGCAUUUCAGAGCAAUCUGUCCUUACAUGCAUCCUUUGCCAGUCAUGCUCCGUGGAGGUCAGGUGUUUUUGGACGGAGCAUUUACACUUGAAUUAUUCAUCAUGGCCUCAUCGCUGUUUCCCGUCAGAAAUGUGGAGAGAGAGAAGGGUGUGGUCAGGGAUCAAUAGACUUCUGAGAAGCUGAAACACCUUCAUGUAAAUGUGCUCUCUCUCUCUCUCUCUCUCUCUCUCUCUCUCUCUCUCUCUCUCUCUCUCUCUCUCUCUCUCUCUCAGGAAACACAUCAAAGCUUUUUGCUGGCUCGUUGAAAUAAGCAUAACUCAUAACAGUGCGCAUAAAAAGGGAAAAGAAAAACAUACACAUCUGUGCCAGCGAAACAUCUGACUGCUUCAGUGCAAUGACGUAAUUUCUUACCGUUCUAGUUGAAGCAAGUGGGACCACAAAUAUGGUGCCAGCGCUUUAAUUCACAUCUGUUCUGUUUUGUCUGAAUAAUUCUCUAAUUUCUCUCUCACACUGACGUAUUAUUUCCAUCUGUCUGGUUUAUUGUCUGCUUGGUUAUUCCUCUCUCUUAAUCUGCCUUGUCUGACAGCUCUACUUCACUCAGCAUUCCUGCCAUGACUCUGUGCUUGCUGCAAAUUUUAGGUCACACGCUUCAUUAUUCAUUAUACAUUCAACUUGGAGGUGAAAUCAGUUUCUGCCUCAGUUCCUGUUGUCAUCUGACGCUGGAUGAGCCUUGCCAUCGUACAAAAAUACACUCUGGCACUCUGAACUGUGUGGGCCAGAGUGGUAAAACAAAAACAGUGUUCCUCUGUGGACUGCGAAUGGAAGCAGCCUUUGAGGGCUCUGUCUCUCUUGGUGUGUGUGGUCUUUGGAAAGAGAGAUUCCAAGAUAAGCCCUUAAAAACAAUUUCUGCAUAUGUUCACUGUACCUUUUGAAUUCUUCCUUGUUUCUAUUUCUGGCACUGGCAUUUCUAAUUCAGAUGUGCUACACCAGAUUCAGCCAAAUAAGGUCCAAGUGGGGAGCAGAGCAUUUAACAUAUGGGCUCCUUCUCAUAUUCCCCUCGAUGGCAAAUUUGGACAUUAUGACUGGAUCAUACUGGUGUAUUUUCCAACAUACUCUUGGCUGCAGCUCUUAUACAGGGAUGGCAAACUGACAUCACAUGUUCCCAUCCUUAUGUGCAACACGGGAAAGGCUGUAAAUUAGUUGGACAGAGGUUAACAAACCCACUCUCCGUCAUGUGUCACAGAAAAUCAGUGGCUGCCUGUAUUAUUUGCAGGCGUAGAGUUACAGCGAUAGCUUUCAGAUAGAGCACUUCAGAAACUUAGAGUCAGCUGCAGGAAGUGGAUAGUAAAUUAACAGGUCCAAGCAGUUUCUUGCUCUACAAUUUUGCCAUCUAGAUUUUUCUACAGCCCCACAGACUGCAUUGAAAAAGAUGAUGGUGAACUCUGUGGUUUCGUGAAGCAAAAGAUUCAGGUAAUUAGUUAAUGUAGUCUCGUUGUGUCCCUGUAGGGCUGCUGUGGAAAUGGGCAGGGCUGUUUGACAUGUUGGUGACACUGAAGGACAAAUUUGAUCAAGUAUAUGCCUAGUAAUCAGAGCAAAUGAAAUGAUUUUAUCUAUUCAUAAAACUCUCUUAGUAGCAGGAAAGGUGUGGUCCCUCUGACUUCCUCUCUCCCGUUGUCUUUCUCUCUCUCUCUCUCUCUGUCUCUCUGUCUCUCUCUCUCUCUCUCUCCUGGAGUAUCAAGUGUCCAGAUGAAGGUUAGAUGUACUAUCUUCAGCACAUCUCUCUUCUCUCUCUCCAGUCACUUUGCCCCACCCAAACCCACCAUCGUCUUGGUGUCAUAACUCACUGUAUUUGGGUGUGGUCUGUUCUGCCGGCUUUGUCCACUUCCAAUUUAAUUUGACUCUGCAUGAUUUGGUUUUGUGGAAAACAGAGAGGGGAGAGAAGGAGACUGUUUACUGUUGUGUGUCGAGGACUUUACGGCUGUGACCUUUCCUAUGCAGUAAAGAGGCUGGCAGAUGAGUUGACAUUUAAAUCAUAUCCAUGAGACAAUUUAUUAGUGUCCCUGCCCUGUAUAAGGUUCAUUAUGCUGCAUGCUUAUACAGGGCUGGAUAUAAUUUAAAUACAGACAAUACAGCCAUUACCAAUAUUUAAACGAGCAUUACCAACUGUAUACAUAAGGUUGCUGCCGCCCUGAUGUUAAUCCACCUUUGACUGACAUUUAAUUUUGAACUUGCGACCUUCAUCAUCAACAUAACUCUUUUUUUUAGGAUUCAAACCUACAACUUUUGGUAUUUGGCAGAUAGUAAAACUGCAGUCUUAAUAUCUCACGUUACAGUCAUGUAGAGCAGGGUUCAGCUGCAGUUUACAAUCAAUAUACUCAUGGGACAGAGUGAGCACUUUGGUCUUGAGUAAGUGUGUGUGUAUAUGAGAGAGGGUGGGGGGUUGCAGACCUCCUGUUUUUAGUUUGUGAUGUUAUGAUUUGAUUAAAAUAUUCAAUUUUUAUAUCUUUAUCCAUGAAACCAUCGUUUAAAAUGAAGUGAAGCUUUGGUUACAAACAUCAGUAAUCACAGCUGACUAUCAAAGGCUGUACUUUAGGGGUGGGAGAAAAAAUCAAUUCACAAAAGUAUCAAAAAUUUUUGUUUUACAAUUUUUAAACUGAUUUUUAUGUUCAAAAAUUCUUUUUAUUUUUUCAAAUUUAAGAAUAAAUCUUAAAAACUGACUUACAUGUUAUUUGUACUUUUUGGGGGAAAUAUGGUUCCUGUAAUAUUCAUAAUCAUAAUCAUUCAACUGUUUCACUUGUGUUAAAAAUCCAGACUAAAAAUCAAGAAAAUCGACUAUAUUGUAGAAUCGCAGUUUAAGUCGAAACGGCAUCCAAAAAAUCGAAGAAGAAUCGAAUCAGGAGAAAAGCAUAUCAUCCCAGCCAUACUGUAUUUGUUAUUGAAGUAGUCAGAUUAUAAACUCAAGAGCCACAGCAAGAAAGAAACAGCUCAGCAUAAGAUAGUUAACAUCUCAAUUACACAAGUUUAUCCUUUUCAGACAGAGAAUCUGCUCAAUCUAGCUGGAGAAAACCAAAAAUGUUAAGAAGAGAAGUUGAGGUGAAACAGAGUUCAGUGCUGCUCUCAAACUUUCUGGAAUAAAAUAAUAUUACUGUAGACGAUCAGCUAGUUGAAGCUUCUUGGUGAUAGAGCAUAAGGACUGUUUUUUAGCUAAAAAGUCUACAUCGCUUGUUUUGCUUUCUGAUUUCUUGGCCUGCAUCUUACUGUAUAUAGAUUUGUGUUGAUAAAAAUAGAAAACAGAUUGGAUAACAAGUAAAAGGCAGUUUCCUUUGUUUUACCCUCCAGUCCACUCUUCAAAGAAUUUAUGCUUUAGUGAGGGGUUCAGCUCUCUGCGACAAUACAGCAGGACUCUACAGUCACCCACACACUCAAUUACCAGGUUAACAAAGCCUAAUGAAUAACUUAAGCCAAGAAGAAGUAAGCACUAAUGUAAACUAGUAUUUCUCAGAGAGAAGCAGUGAGGAAGGGGUAGAAAAUUGUGGUCAUGAAAAAUGCAUGGGCCUCUAGAAGUCUAAAUGAGUCAUCUUAAACAGAAAGAUCCUCCCUCCAUUAAAUCCCAGAUGCAUUAUCUGCUUUCAGACACUCAACACUGGCACAGCUUCACUUGUCAGCAUUCAUAGCUCUAUUAGCAGAUUUAUCAACAAUGUUAACAACAAAAACACAUUCAAAACAAACCUGGAAAAAACCUAUAAGCAAAAAAACAAAGACACAAACCGCGACAGUAGAGAUGAGAUAAAGGCAGAGUUUAUGUUUAGCAUGUUUGAGCUUGUUUACUGCUAAUGAUGUGGUUUUUUUUUAUAAAGUACAUUUUAGUUUGGUUAAAAAAAACACAUUAAAGAAUCAACGAUGCAGUUUUCUGUCAUAGCCAAGGACUAGUUUAUUUAGCUUAUGUGGCUAUGGUAUAAAAAUAAUCAAUCAAUGAUCCCAUUUAACAUUGAUUUAUUUACUACUCUAAUGCACAUCUUUCUGUACAUUUUUAAAUUGUCUGGAUGAAAAAAUACAAAUGACAAAAUAAAGAGAUGAAUGAUCUGGUGGAAAAAUGUUUAUUUGGAAAUUAUCAACAUGCAAAAGAUGGAAGUGGGGCGCUGGUUUUGCUCAGCGGAUCAAGUCAUACAGCCCAUGCACAGAAGCUACAAUACUCAAAUCUGGCAACCCAGAUUCACUCCUUAGUGCAUGUCAUUCCCCACUCUGUCUUCCCAGUCUCCUACUCUAUCCACUGUCCUACAUCUCCCCCAGUCAAGGCAGAAAAAACAAUAACACUAACUUAUUCCAUCGAUAUACUCUUAAAUGUUUGUAUUUUCAUGAGAAACCAUUAAGGUCAUAAUUUCUAAUGCACGCUCCAUGACGAUCAAUAAAAACAUACAGACAUCACUAACCCCACCCAGCCGUACUGCUGUACCCUCACACACGACUCUCACAAAUACAUCCAGACAUGUGCAGGAACAUGCAUGCAGGUCACUUGUCUGCUUGUCAUGGACUCCUAAUGGGCUUUAUGAAAGCAUUUGGAUCUAUAAAAUGAAAAACAGACCCCUCAACCCCUCCUCCUACAUGAGAUACACUAAACCAAUAGACACAGGAGCUCACAUCAGCUCACUUUGGACUCCCCUCAUCCAUCUCCUACUCUUUCAGUGUAAUCAGAUACCUAAAUGGACACACACAUGCACAGAUGCAUUCACAUUCACUCAUUCGGUUUAUAUUGUAUCCUUAUAAUCCUCAUUAUCUUGUACGAGUGACGGACAGGAUCAAUAGAGGGCACUGAUCAGCCUUUGCUGAUGCACACAGACAUUUAAAGUUGGUAGACAGUAUAAAUAAAGACACAGUGUGUGCACACUCACACAGCUGUAACAACAUUACACUGAGAAGACUCUUACAGGCUCAACGAACAUGCUGAUCAAUAAGCCUUAUCGAUUUUGUCUGUAAAAUCUGAGACUUGAGCAGAACUUUACACAAACGUGAGGAGAAGUCAGCCAGUGGAAAAAAAAGUAGCUGUGUGUCACACACACGGAGCAUGCAGAGGCGGGGAAUCUUACCCAUGCUUGUGUUGAUAUCAAGAAGAGGCGAGUGCUGAAUGUACUCAAGACCAGAUCACAACCUUAAAAAUCAACAUUAGAAAAAGUAGCCAGCCGUCAUUAAGUGACUAAACAGCAGAUGCUUGUGUGGGAGUGCGGUAGUUUUAUACAUUUUCUUGUACUGUACAGUCUGCCGUGGUUAUUUGUGGAAUGAUUGACUUUAAAUUGCAGAUUUGAUUCUUAGGAAAAGAUUGUGAGAAAAUGACUGAAGAUUACAUUAUUAUCCUGAAUCUACAGUAUCCUGAAGACUUAAAGUGGGACAGAAAACACGUCACUGACUCAAAGAGGUCACAUAAACUGUACCUGUUGUCGUAAAGCUGCAAAAUUUUGGCUUUAAAUCUGACCUGUUAGAGUGGCUUCGCUUUGUAUCAGCUUAGAUCAGUUUUAUGUGGAUCAAUAUGCAUGGCUGAUGAAUGACACAUAUCUCUAGUUGGUAUUUUUUUUAUUUAAACACUAAUUACAUGUGUGAUUAAUAUUGGGUUUUGUUUUACAUGCCAAUUUAUGGGAAAUUACACAACAGAAAUUUAAAUUUUUUUUCUUGCAUGUCUUCACACUCUGACUGAAUUCAUGUGCGAUCAUCUCUUUCGCUCACUGAGUUUAAUCGAAGGUCCACAAUUGUCUAAGUUUAAUCCAUUCUCCAGUCGGCCACCAGAGGGUGCCAGAGGAGCAGCAGCUGUCUCCACCCUCAAAACCAUACCAUAGUUGAGCAGAUUAAAGCCCCGAGGUCUUCUGCACCAGAAUUGAGCAUUUUAAACUGCAUUACAGUGAAAAGCGAGUCCCAUUCAUGAUAACUUGUGGAAAUAGGAUGUUGUUUUUGUCGUAGACCAGGGCCGUGAAAACGAACCAGGCAGAAUGUGUGAACAGAAAUAGAGGUGUGAGAUGGUGCCCCUGUCCCUGGUGCUGAAAUUUCAAACUCCCAACAUUAGCUGCAUUGACAAAGAGAGACCUUGACACCCAAUCAGCUGGUGGUGGACACACACACACAUACAUACAUACUCACACAUACACACCCACACGAGUUGUCAAAUCAUAUUUCAACAGCCACCAGUGACGGUGCAGUGCAGUUGAGAUUCAGACCGACCCACUUUCUCCUCAUGCAGGGGGGAGCCUGUAACUUACAGGUGAUUUGGAGUCAUUUUUCAGUGUUGACUGCUCUCUGUUCCCCCUGUGGAUCUGUUGGUGUGUCCCAUCUUCUGUGUUUGCUCACAGAAGGACAGCCUGUACCCAACUUUACCCCCUUUUUUCUCCCAGUUCUCUGCUUCCUCUUCCUUGCAGCUCUGCUCUCCUAAUUAUGUCAUUCAUGUUAAUGACUUUUCUGUAAUUAUGUCCUUCCUGUGUCUCUUAGAACCACAUUCUCUUAUUCCAUCUGUUUAAUAGAAAUUACUGUACAGAAAAUGAAAGGCAGUUAAACACAUACGCUGCCAGGCAUCUUCACACCCAACUGAAGCUUGUGUUUGAAGUAGAUGAUAGUCACAACAGAAGGCUCGACUUUGACGCAGCGGAGAAAAGCAGAUCAGUGAUAUUUUGCUUCUGUAUCUGUUCAAACCUUUUUACAUAAAAUAAAAAGGUUUGCCUAUGUUUCUGGUUAACACCCUGAAGAGAAAGUCAAAUUUAGGUUGAGCAAUUGUCUUAUGGUUUUGAAACUGUAUUAACUCAAUGACACAAUUUCUAAUCGUCUGGCUAAUCAGUUCAACCUUUGCAGCUACACGACACCUUGCUUUUUUCUGUUUUGUGCCACAUUGAAGAUGGUUUUCCUUUCUUUUUUUAUUGUUACAAAUAAUGUGCUUACAAUAAAUAUAUUUGGCUACAUCAAAGAAAAUCCCUUCAACCAUUCAAUACCUAAAUGUCCUAAAAAUACAGUGGAUCCAUGGCUUUUCAGAUAAAACUAUUUGAGGGCGCCAACUAGCAACUUAUCUCCUUGUUGUUUAUACAGAAAUUUGACUUCUGACUAACCAGCUAGUCUGAAGGUACAAAAACAAGCAGAAAACAUUUAGAAAUUGCCAAAAUAAUUUGCAUUGAUUGCAUUUCUAACACGGCUAAAUGAAAACAGAUUGAGUUGGAGUGUGCGGCUAACAUUAGCAGAGCUGACACCGCCAGUCUUUCAUCCCUGCUCCUGUGCUUGUACUCGGUCUAGUGGUUUAAUGCCAGUUUAACUUCACACAUAACAGAUUAAUACUCCCAAACGGCACCGUUCUAAUAGAUGUUAUGUGUUUGUUUAAGUUGGGGAAGAAGAGCAUUAUAGUUUUAUGACAGUCACCACUGACCAGAAUGACAGUCCAGGCUAUAUGAGCACAUCUCUUGCAUUAGUACUAGAAAUUUCCAUGCAAACGUUAUUAACAUGCACUAAUUUUCUUUAUUACAUACAGCUUUCCCCCCUUCUCAUCCAUUAACCUUCACUUCUCCUCGUUUUUCCCGUUCCCUGAGAGGGAACAGAAGUGGCUGUCGCAGUCAGUUUGCCGUUGGCAUGCAGUUUCACUAAACCCCUUACACAAUAAACACUCCCUGUGACUGCAGCUCACGUACACACAUUAACAAUGACAUGCCAGCACGUGCCCACACACACACACACACACACACACACACACACACACACACACACACACACACACACACACACACACAAAAGCAGCUACAUCUGUUCACAUGGAAUAGGGUUUUCAUGUACAUCUGGUCUGGGUCAUGCUCUCCGUGUGUGUGUGUGUGUGUGUGUGUGUGUGUGUGUGUGUGUGUGUGUGUGUGUGUGUGUGUGUGUGAUAAUUUUCAGGGAGUAAGCAGAUGUGUCUCACUCAUCAUUCAGAAACCCUUUUCAGUCACAGUCACCUUCUCCCAUGGUUGUGCACAUGGAUGUGAAUGGUACCUUUUAAUCUCUGGAUGUGUGAGUGAUUUGUGUGUGAAAACGUGAAAAUCCACUGUUGUGGUUCAUUGAUUUUAUUUGGACCAACUGCAGUGGAGUCUUCCUCUGAUUUUUCUCCUGAAAAGGAAAAGCAAGAAUAAUUGGAGGAGAAAAGGAACUAACUAAGGGAAGAAACAAUCAGCAAGUUUUUUGUUUGUUUGAAGAAGGGAGCCUUUUGGAGUCAAUUCCUAUCAGGUUUAUUUCAUUUAUUUAUUUUUUAUUUCAUUUUCCAAGUUUAGAUUAGUCCUUCUUAUAUAAGUUGUGUGCACUUAUUUGUCUCAGCUAAGAAUAACAAUACAUUUGACAACCGAGUAAAGCUGUUACUUUAGACAGGAAGAGUUAGGACAGGAAAGCCAUGGCCCAUGCUGCAGCCCACCUGAAGAAAGCCCGAGAGCUUGAGCAGCAUCCAGAGUACAGAGCUCUGCAGAAAGCCAGGGAGAGGAGGAGACGACAUCGUGAGAGGGCCGAGAGAAAGCGUCUGGUAAUCCAUGUUACAUUUAUUAUGAGUAUGUUUCAUGCAAUUUUGUCUCCAUGGACACGUUCUUUUGAAGCUGAAGAGUAAACUGUAAACUUCAGGAUACUGUCUGAAGAAGAGGGCUGUACAGACGUAGAUAUGACUGGCUGCACACUGUGCAGGGGUUGGUGUCCUGCUGUCCUCUUAGAUGAUUUAUAAUGCAGUGUGAGGGAUGUGAAUGACAGAUGUGAGAAAGGCUUUGGCUGAUAGGAAGGUCACAUACUAGUGUGUCCUUGCAUUGUAUGAAGCAACCUUUUGCCAGUAUUUCAAUUUAUGAUCAAAAUGAAUGGGAUUCAAUGAUUUAUGGAUGAAUCAAGAGGCUUAAUAUUCAAGAGAUUUUGCUGCUAGGCACCAAAACACCAGAGUGGAUCCUGACAAUUCAUAUCUAGUUUAAGUCUUAGUCAGAAAAUUUGAGUAUCUUGAAAAGCACCUUAUGAAUAAAGUGUAUUAUUGUUAUAUACUCAGAGGAACUCUUCAUCAUAGUGUCAUCCCACUGAGCAUUUUUUGGUCUAAAAGAGGUCUAAUAGACGUCUAAAUGUAGUCUAGACAACUUUAACUAAAAUAAACAACUAAAUUAAUAUUUAAAAAAUAAAUACUAGUAGCCUAUACAUAAAAAAAUCACUAUGUACAGUUUGGUAUAUUAUUAUGUCUGAUCAAAUUUGAAUCAUUUAUCAAUUGCUUUUUAGUCAUUUUAUUUGAAUAAUAGCUGAAAAUCCCUGAGUAGAAUUUCAUCAUUAAAGUCAACAAUGUUAAAAAAUAAAUAAAUGCUACUCAAUGGGAACUAUUUUGUUCUAAUCUCUGUACACUUCCGUCCAAGACAAGUUGCACCAUAUUGUUUAAAUUUACCCAAUUAAAUCAAUAGUUUUUAAUCAAGGUUGAAAUAAAAGCUAUUCAAUUCUAUUAAAUAUCAUUUGUUGUUGUAAUUAAUUAAUUAAUUUGUAUUUUUUAAGUAUUUUUGGGGUGAUUUUUGCCUUUAUAGACAAGACAGUGUGGAAAUGUGGGGAGAUAGAGAGAGAGGAGGAGGAGGAGGACAUGCAGCACAUGGUCGAGGCCGGACUUGAGCCCAUGACCGCUGCGGAGACCGUGGUCCCCAUACAUGGGGCACACGAACCUGCUUGGCGAUCUGCGCGCCCCCCUAAAUUUUUUCAAAGUAGAAAAUGGUCAGACUUUUCUGAGAGUACCAUAGACUUUAAUUAGACUUCUUACUAACAUACACAGGGUGAAAAGAUCAUCCACUGACAAUAAAAAACAUGAACGAAGGUAUUGAGAAUUUGUACCAGUGUAUCUAUUACAUUUAAAUGAUAACAGCUUUAUCUUUACUUGGUCACAUUUGUUUCAUUGAAGCUUCAAUAACAUCUAAACUUGAAACGGUCUCAGGAUCAUUCAGUGAAGAUGGUUGUUGAACAUUUGCUACAUACCUUUGAUGAUAGAUGAUAUGUAAGUGUGUAAGUAACUGAAAUAGGAUCAGUAUAAGUUGUGUUCAGGCUCAACUUCUAUCAUUCUGUUGUGGCCUUUAGCAUUCCUGGAAAGCACUGCAGGCCGUGCGGUCCCCAGCCCAGACUCAAACCCCAGCUGUCAUGCUACCCACCCUGGGAGCACUUAGCACAGCAAGGGGUUGUGGUCUUCAGUAAGGAAUUGGUCUGGAGAGGUAAAAAUAGCUAAAGCGGGAGGGAAAAUAAGGGUUAAUGGCCACAGUUGUCCGACAGAGAGAGGAGCCAUAUAGGAAGAGGAAGCAGGACCAGGCCUUACACACUAAGACAGGAGCUUGGCAAGAGAUAAAACGUUACAGAGAGGGACAGAGUAAGUGAGAUUUUGAAGGAAGACGGGAGUGAUUUAAUGGACUGGAGGAUUGAUUGGUGCAUCUGUAGAUCUUCCAAAUGGGCUGGAGAAGCUCAUGACUAAGGACGGAAAGUGAGAAAGUACAAGGAUCGGAUGUUAAUGGAUCAAACUAAACCACAGACUGAGUGAAGGAAGUUUUGGAACAGAUUCAGAUUGUGAUUAUGGGUAACGCAGCAUCAUGUCAGGUCUGUGGAUCUGAUAAAGUGUUGAGGACUGGUGGGAGUGAUAACAAUUUAAACCAAAGUAAUGACUACUAUGGAGCUGCUGACCCUGGAUCUGAAGAGGAGGAUUUAUUGGUAAGAGAGGAAGAGGACAAAAGGCAGAGAUUAUUGUCUCUCAUGUAACACAUUAGAGUGUGGAAGUGUGUUUAUCAUCCUGUGUGGGUGUGUUGGUGUUGGUGUGUAUCUGGUAUCAUCCCAUGUGAGACCUUUGACCUCUGGUGGUCUAAUUCCAGUCAUGUGAUGUGGAGGUUGAUUAUUUCGACCUCACAAGUUAACACCCAGUGAUGACUGAUUGAUAUGUUAGUGUCUUAACUCCUCUAAUAAGAGGCUGAAUACUUGUAAACAAUCUAUCUGUGAUCAUUUGAAGUCAUGUGCUGCAAUAGUGAUUAAAAUUGAUUAUAUAUGUUGUCAGUCAGGGGAGAAAUUAGUGAGUUUUCUUGCUUUUAAUUUGCUAAUUGUAAAGAUAUUCUAAUGCAGUAGUAAAGUAUUGAACUGCUAAUAUGUCCGCAGGCUUAUUUUGUUUGCUAAUAUUUAUCUUAAUUUUAUACCUGUUUAGGAUAAUUGAUAAAUACUGAUACCCUUCAGUGCAUAGUUAUGUUUCACAUGGUUACAAAACAUUUAAACUUCACAAUGUGUUUGUUGGCCCUGUGUCUUUAUUGAAAGGAUUUGAUUUCAGUCACAGUUCAAACCACAAACCGAUUUUGCUGCUGUAGUUUUUUUUUUGAGAACAACACGAACUGUUAAAGAGUAAAACAUCUUUUUCUAGGAAUUUUGUCAGAAUCUGUCGAAUUUAUAUUGUGUUUAAUAUAACUGGAAAUUAUAUUCCAUACCAACAAAACAAAGAGCUGGUGUGCACGCUGCCAUAAGUGUGUGGGUGUGUUUAUUGCAGCUGCUCAUUCAGCCUUUGUGGCUCAUACUCAAACUCAGAAUUGACCACUCAGGCAAACAAGAUACAAGCAGGGCUUUACUUCUAUGUUUUAAAAUUUUCAGGUCAAAUAAACUUUCAUCAAGCUCAGCAAUGAAAGGGAAAUCUAACUUUCUGGCAUGACUUUACUUUUUAUUGCAGAGGCAGAUUGAAAGAUGCUAUAGUAAACCGUUUAUGUUGAUUUUCUUACAGCAAUUAUAUGCAUUAAAAAUUACAACACUGAAAUGGUCAGUCUUGUUGCAGAUGGUCUUGUUUGCCUGAUUAGGUCAAAAAGAAACACCAGUAGCAAUUUAUCCUUUUUAUGGGGCUUUUAAGGAAACUGAGACGUAACAAUGGGAUUGAGAAAUAGUCAGAAAGUCAGAAAGUAAGAAAAUUAGAGAAAAGUGCAAAAACUUUGUAAAGUCAAGAUGGUCUGAUGAAUUUUUGCUGUGUACUUGUAAGUGAUAUUUCAUGACACUGUGUAUAUAAAUACAAUGAGAUGCUCUGACCCAAACAGGACCUUAAAAAAAAUCAAAACAAAAACAAAAGUGGAUCUAAAACUUGGUAAAACUGACAGUCAAACACUCGUGUGUAGUCCUGUUCCUUGUAUUAACCUCCUGUCUGUUUUCAUCUCUCCAGUCUGACAGUAACACCAGCUUCCUGCGAGCUGCCAGAGCGGGCAAUAUCGACAAAGUCCUGGAUUUCCUGAAAAACGGAGUGGACAUUAGCACCUGCAACCAAGUAAGGAAAAUUCUUAGUAGUGUAAACAUGUGGUUACAUAGAAGACAAUGUGUGCUUGAUGUUUCUGAUUCUGCUGCUGCUGCAAAAUAUGAAAAUCUGGUAACUUUACAAAAUCCACACAUAACAGAGCUCCAUUAUCUUAGCAGAGAGGGUUAAAAAUGAAGAAAUGUUUUAAAGAGAGAGAGAAAAGCGAAUGAUACAAAGCUGACUUGGUGAUACCAGUUAAACAAUUUCAUGAAAGUCAAGUUUACAUCUCCUCUUUUUUCUUAUUCAUUGUUAUCAUUUAUGAGAAUGAAGAAAGCUGCUCAAAUUGUUGUUUUUAUCAUAUGAGAUACAUUACUGAACCCAGUUUAAAGGCAACUAUGUGCUUUUAAAUUAGGACACGAGAGUCCAUACAAACAUGCCACCGUCUCAGCAUUAGGUCAGAGCUGUUUAGUGGCCCAUAUGUCUGACCUGCUGAGUCGAACCGUGGCUCCGCUGUGUCACCGCGGCGUCACACAACCAAGCUAACUCAGCACAUACCUGAACCUGCCUGGCAAAGUUACUGCUCCAUCCCUCUAGUCUCAGCUCUGACAGGACAGUUCUCCUCCGGCAGCUGUCACACACCCUCACCCACAUUCCACUGAGGAGGGAAUGAGGAGGGGGUAACAUGCCUCACCCCAGAGCUCUUUUCAUCCCCCUCCCCAACACUAUCCCCCUCACCCUGUCUCUGUCAGUAUGAUUUACAGUAGUCACAAGGUAGAUUAACGGAGCAUGUAGGGUUUAGCUACGUGUGUGUGUACUUGUUGUGUUUAGAUGUGCAUAUUGUCACAUCAUUCUAUUGCUGUUUUAUCGCAGCUAUUUAUACACAAGGAUGCAAUUGGUUGGUUCACAGGAAAUGGAUUCUGCCCACUCAUAUCUUUGCUGUUUGUUGUCAUGGUCACCACUGCUUUUGUUUAAUGCUCCAAGAGGGAAACCUGGCUAUUCUGGGCGAUGGUUGUACACACAUACACACAAAUACACAGCCCUCUUCUUGCAACAGUAGAUCUCUGCCCUUCAGAGUAUUUGUCAGGGGUCAGAUGAUCACAUUUAAGCUCUUGUCAGGUGACUAUAAAUGCAACUGACAUUUUAUUUGUACCCGAGAGAUGCUUGUUUUCUGUGUGUGUACGUGUGUCUAUGUUUGUGUCUAUGUUUAUGUCUAUGUUUCCGGGGGCAGCCAACAUAUUAUUGUAGUAGAUGUCAUUAUUAAAAGAAAUCACAAAGGAUAUGAACCACUCAGUGAUUACUUAGCUCAGGUUGUAAAUUUUGGUUAAUUUUAUUCUGUCUUGGAGAGCACACACACAUAAACACACUUACACUCUGACGGUUAAAUUCAACAUUUUAACUGAGUUUUAAUACAGACACGUGUUUUUGGCUAAAGUAUUACUGCUUAUUUAAAAGCAGGGUUUAUUAUUGCCACUGUAGACCCAAUAUGUUUUCUGAUUCACAUUGUCAUUGGAGGAAAAUUGUUCAAAUAAUGGCACAAAACACUGGCAGGAUGUCCUGUAAAGGCGUGUGAUUUGACUUAGUGAGAUUAGGGGUGGGAAUUGCUGGUUGAUAGGAUAGGAAACAAAACAAAAUGAACCAAACCAAUCAGUUUUAAACAACUCUGAUACCACACUAUGAUAUGAAAUAUACAAAACAAUCUGAUUUGUGAUACAUCGCCUUUGAUAACAAUAAUAUUAUGAUACAGUUACUGUACAAUAAUCAGUAUAGUGCAAGAUGACCAUACAUUGAUACAUCCCAAUAUCUCACAAGUAAAGAAUACGAAAUGCCCUUUAAACGCACAGUGCAGGAUAUCAUUUAAUCCCCUAACUUUGGUUUUACUGAGUUAAAACAAUGUAAAAAAUUUGUAUCUAUCCAUUUUUCGCACAAUUUUGUGCUCGACAGGUACGACAGAGUAUUAGGGCCACAUUAAGAAAAAAUAGAAAAUAAGACUUUGAGAUUGAAGUAGUUUAUUUACGAGAAUAAAGUCAUUACUCACGAGAAUGAAGUCGUAAUAAAGUAAUAAAGUAAUUACUUAUGAGAUUAAAGUUGUACUAAUGUAAUUACUUAUGAGAAUAAAGUAGUAUCAAAAUCAUUAUGAUAGGCUACUUAUGAUGAUGUGGUGCUGAUGUGCCAAAAGAUUAAGUAUCUCCUUGUUCGAGAAACCUAUAUUGAAGCACAUAUUCACGAAAUGCUCCAUGGCUCUCAUUUCAAGAACUGUCAUCUUAAACAACAGAUUAGAAUAUAAGGACUUUAUUCUUGUAAGUAAAGAUUUUAUCACGACUUAAUUCUCCUAAGUAAUUACUUUGUUACGACUUUAUUCUUGUUAGUUAUGACUAUAUUCUCAAAAGUUAACGACUUUAAUCUCAAAGUUUUUUUUUUUUCUCCAUGUGGCCCUAAUACCCCGUCAUAGACAGGUAUAACCAUCUUGUCAAGAAUGUUUUUUCAUUUUUUCACAACAAUAAUUAUGUCCCACAAGUCAAGAUAACAAUAUACUGUGGUAUCAACCUUUUCCCCACCCCUUUUUAAGAGAGACUACCUCAGGUUUACUUCUACAAUCACUCCAGUAAUAGUAGACUAAGAUGACCGUUCAGAAGUAUAACGUUUCCUGUGAUAAGCAUCAAAUUGCUCUAAAGGAAGUGAAUCAUGUCAGCAGAAAAGCACUCCACACAAUUACCGAGCCAUUAUCAGUAGUAGUUCUGUCAACACUGCAGUAAAUGGAGCCAGGGGUCUGUUGAUAAGAGCACCAACUGAAGUAUAAUUAUGCUAAUUCUGGGUGCAAUAACAAGGUAAUACUCUGUCAUUUCAAUUUGGAGAAUAUUAUGACCAGAAAAUGAAUUUGUGCCAGUCAGAUGUGUGUAAAUUCACUGUGUUACCUCUUUGAUCAAAUGAACACAGGCGAACGUAGGAAUCAGGUCAUUCUUUAAAGAUUAACAUGAUAUGAUGCAGUUUUAAGAAUAAUCUUAUAUAAGUAUAGAUAUAAUCCUGGAAAUGCAUCAUAAAGAUAACAAUAAUUGAUGUAAUAUCAUUAGGUAUUUCCUCAUUUAAGUCAGUGUUUGAAUUGUUUUGGAGCAGGAUGGUUAUCUUGGGAGGUUUCAUGGGAAUUCCACACGCUGCCCUGGGUGGUGUGUUCAGGAAUAAAUUCAGAGUCAGAUCCUAGAAAGCAGCAUUGAGGUGACUAAGGCCAGAGUCGGCAGCCAGGGGCAGAAGGCUUUCCAAGUUAGCUGCAGAGAGGGAGAGACAGAGAUACCGCCCUGUCUGCCAAAUCCACCGUCAAAGUACUGCAAAGGUUUUAUGACUAGAACUACAAAACUCUGUCUUUCCCAGCAGUAAGGAAACUGAAUUUAUAUUUUCUUUUAUUAAAACGUGGAAAAAGAUAUGUUUAAUUUGUGAAAGUGUAUAGGAGAAAGGGGUUUUUGUCACUGUUUCUGGAUGUACAAUUUUUCUCUGUAUGAGUGUGUCAUUUGUGUGUUAAUGUGAUCUGUUCCCAUGUCCUCACAAUUAAACCAGACCCCUCUAAUCUAUCCAAAUGUUAAUCCUUUGUGAGUGAUAUUGCUCUUUAAUCUGUACCCAUUAACAUUAUUUCCCCUUUUCCCUCCAAUGCUCACCCUCUCCCCCUCUCUCUGGCACAUAGGUUCAUGAAACAACACCAAAUAAACUUGGCUAUUUUAUUACCACGUGUAAUCAUAACUAAGGUCCCCGGUCAUAGAGGCGGUUAUAUUAAUCUGAGCUGGAUUGAAUUCAGUGAUGUCUCCUUUGCCAGGAAGCUCAACAAACUGGCAGGAAUCACUUAGCCGGGCUGAACGUCCAUUAGCUAAAUGAAGCUUUCACUUACAGCUCAGAGAGAGAGGAGAUUUAGAUCUGUGUGAGUGAUGGAGAGUGUAUGUGACUCAACUGUGGCUUUUUUGCCUGUCUCUCCUGUGAUACAUAAUGGCUGACAUGUGAUUGAAGUGCUAUAAUAAGAUUGCAUAAUUCUUGCAGUGUCAUUGACUUCACAGCUUCAGACCUGAUGGUUAGAGCUAAAAUACAGCUGCUGCAACUAAAAUUACAAAUGAGAUGUUUUAUAUUUGGCCAUUUAUGCAUCCCAAUUUUAUCAAAAGAUUCAUCGUGUUAAAUCAUUGGGACUUUUUCCUUUCACGUUGGAUAAAUGUGUCACACAUCUUACAAAAUGUUCAUCUUCCUUUGAGACAGUGAAACACAUCCACGUUGGUCAUGCCAUGAUGAUUCUCUCAUGUGUAGACUUGUUAAAAACGACAUAAAAGCCAUUUGUUUUCAUUGGAUACAUUUCUAUCACACAAUUGUUUCCAUUUUCAGUCAUAGUUUUUCAGUUCCCAGACCUUGUGUUUUCUUAAAUCAUGCUUUAUAAAUAAAAUUGAUUGGACUGGAUUGGAUUUUCAGGCUGACUGCCUCAUGACAUACAUAUUGUCUAUCCCUGAAAUCAUGAGUAAAGUGUGAUAUUUCUUACAAAUAUAUUCUUGGACAUGACUGUAAUUUGACCUUUUAAAGUCCUAUCAUUUACCUUCAGCACAGUCAAUCACUUUGCUAGACUCCAACUUAAACACUUUGGCUCCUGAGGAAUGCCCUCUUUUUUCUUUUGGAAAGGUUGACAUUUCCAGCAGCCUCUAAAUAUGAGUAUCCAUGUUUCUGUCUGAGUGUCCUACAUACCCUCUAUGACUGUGCAGAAACAUGACACCCCUUUGCCCGUUUGGCAUUUGGCAACUCAGUAUGUGUGUAUGUGUGUGCAUGUGAGUGUGUGUGUUUGGUACUAAUUCAGUUCUUUGUAUGUGUGUUUGCAUGCAUGUUGUUCCUGCAGGAGGGAAGGAAGGGGGCAGUGAAGGAGGUGUUAGCAACAAAACAGCUCCUCUUUGAAACCAGUGCCAGGAGAGCCUUUAGAGCUAGGAGUUCUUCUGUGUAAACCCAUCUGACAGAGCCUGCAGGGGAAGAAGGAGGCAGACAGACACAGGAGCUUGGAUCUAAACCAGGAUGGGGGUGAAAGGGAGAGGCUGAGGACCACUGUUGAUGGUUGAAGCUUCAGCACUUCUGAAACCAGCUUGGAGCAGCAUUUAAAAGGGAAAAUAGAAAAGGGUGAAAAAUAGACAAAAAAGGAAAGGAGACAGAGAGCUUAAUUUUGAUUUGAGGAAGAAAGGAGGAAAUAAGCUAAAGGUGAGGAGAACAGUCCCAUUUUAUAGGAUCUUAGUUUGAGUGUCUUGGAGAUACAUCCUACAAUGGAAGAAGAUGAGGAUGAGGUGAAUGACUCGUCAAUUCUUUGUUUGAAAGCUGUAACUUUACAGGAAAUGUUAACGCUGUGUUGGUACAUCAGCUGCAUAGCUAUGGCCUGCCACGAUGAAAUAUGUAAACCAUUACUCCUGCCUGCGUGCUGCUUCUAACUAGGAGCUUUGGUUGAUGGAUCAGAGGUCUUUAUUACAGUGUUCACCCUGACACUGCAAAGGGGUAAAAUAUCAGUAGUUUCAUUUACUGUGUUUUACUUUCUUGAUUUUAGUCUUUCAAAAGCUGCAUGCCUUUUAAUCUUCGUCGACUUGCAAAUCAUCCGACUGUGAAAAUGUGUGUUAUUAACAAGACUGAUGACACAGUUGUUUGAUAAGUGCUGUUACACACACAGAAUAAUGUUAAAAAUGUCCUCCCCUUACAUUUCUAUAUACGUUUUAAAUAUUUAUAACAUAAGCCUGUACUAUCUAUACAAUUUAUAUAAGUAUUUAGUACAACAACACUUGAGACAAUUGCUCAGUAACAUUACGAUGUAUCAAGUAAUGAACUUAUGUAAUACACCAGGCUUAACAGCAGUGGUAUGCAGUCAUUACAGGGACGUUGUUGAACCAUGUGAAGAUUGUGCCCUACGUGCUCUCCCUGUACAUUUCACCUCCUAUAACCUGAUGCACAGACUGUUUUUAUAUACGAACCUCCAGGGCCACUCAGUUACACAACAACAACCACAUCUAACACAUCUGUUUUUUCUGUCUCCCCUCCAGAACGGUCUGAAUGCUUUGCAUCUGGCAGCUAAAGAAGGACACAAGGAUUUAGUGGAGGAGCUGUUGGAGAGAGGGGCUCCCGUUGACUCUUCUACAAAGGUACACGCACACACACACACACACACACACACACACACACACACACACGCACACUCACACAUAUAUAGUAUGUUUUUUUUCUUUGUUCUGUUCUUUAUUAACUACCUAGAUAUGUAACUUGCAGCUUAACAUGAGAAAAGAAACAUGAGUGUCAGCUGUGAGACAGAGGAGUGUCAGACAGAAGGGAUGGACGGGGUGCACAUCAGUACAAGAAAUAUACAGUGGUAUCAUAUGUUUCUGGCCAUAAAAACCAGAGCUUCUCUCUAACAUGAAACUUGAUUCAGAAGGGGCCUGGAGGACAUUUGAGAAGAAAAAAAACAUGAAUGAAAAACUCCUGUGAAAUUUUGUAACUUUACACCAGUGCUUUCCAAUAAGUGCAGCGAUAACCCCUCGUAUAGGUUACAUAGCUUCCUCUUCCUCUUUAAAUCUAAAUCAAGGUCGCAAAACAACAUGAAACCAGUUUCUUCGUGUCCUAGGCUUUGAAUGAGGUCAGUCGACUUACAAAUUGUUGACUCCUAGUUGCAUCAUGACGAGAUAUUCUACCUUCACUGGAAAGGAGAGAGAGUGAGGAGUGAGUGGAGAGUGAGCUACAAGGCGAGCCAGCCGUUAUGCGAUCCUGUGAAUGCCAAAUGUGUCAGGCAUAACGGCAAUAAAUACUAACCCUAAGCAGCCUGCAAGGGAUCUAUCACUCCUGUAGUUACCUUCGACUUCAUUUUUUUCUUGAUACUGAUCUGUUAAGUUUUUAAUCUUCAGGGAUAUCCAUGGGCCAAAUGCUGAAACUAUUUGGUGUCUGUGUCCGUUGCAUUUAUUCUGGUGUCUCCAAGUGAUGCAUGUUGCCCUUCACCCUGUCUGUCUCUGCAGAAAGGGAACACAGCCCUCCAUAUUGCCUCUCUGGCAGGGCAAAAAGAAGUAGUCAGACUACUGGUAAAAAGAGGAGCGGAUGUAAACUCCCAGUCACAGGUAAGGAAACUUUUAAAGUAUAGACAACAACAUCACCACAAACAAAAGCUGAUGAUUGUAUAAACUUUGUGUAUUUGCCUCCACAGAAUGGCUUCACCCCACUUUACAUGGCAGCCCAGGAGAAUCACCUGGAGGUGGUGCGAUUUUUGUUGGAAAGUGACGGGAACCAAAGCAUCGCAACAGAGGUAAGCUUCGUCUCAUCUCUCCUCUGUCUUUCUCUGAAAUAAUCAAAAUUAUUCACUCAGAUGUUUUCUUUGUUUUGCUCUUCCAGGAUGGCUUCACCCCUCUGGCUAUCGCUCUCCAGCAGGGCCACAACUCCGUGGUCUCGCUGCUGUUGGAGCAUGACACCAAGGGGAAGGUCCGCCUCCCGGCACUGCACAUCGCAGCCCGCAAAGAUGACACAAAGUCAGCCGCACUGCUGCUCCAGAAUGACCACAACGCUGACAUCCAGUCUAAGGUGAGUGAGGGCAGGGACGGAGGAGUGGACGGAGGGUAGAAGAGUGGAUUGUGGAGCUAAAGAUAGAUGGAGAAUAGGAUGUUUGAUCAUUCAUCUGCCUGAAUGAUUGUUUUCAGGGUGACAGUUUUAUUCGCUUUAUUGAUUAUUUGCAUGUUCAUUGAGGACUGUAUUGUUACUAACAGACUGUUUCCCGUAGGAUGCUCUUUUGUCUUUGUAUUAGUCUAUUUGUAUUUUCUUGUAAACUCUCCCUGUGUUUGGUGUGUCUGUUGUGAUUGGCUCUUCCCUUAACAACCCGACAUCCUGUCCCCCUUUUCUCUCUUAAUGCGUCCUGACCAGAUGAUGGUCAAUAGAACCACAGAGGUAUAAAGACUUCACACUUUUUCAUAUAGUGCCUUUUGUCUCUUCUCACCAUCUCUUUUAGCUCUUUAUCUUUUUAAAACAUGGACUCGAACGGUCCUGCAUGUCAGAAACAUGUAUCACUUUUGUGAAAGCAUGCAGCUGUCUACGCUGCUCCACACACUCCUGCAUGGCUGACUUUAAAAGACAUUAUGAUCUCAGAGAAUGGGACUUUAUUGCAUUUUAAAAACAGAUAUUUUGUUGUGCAUUUAUGUUUUUAAUUGAUCAAACUUCAUAGAUUUAUAGAUUUAUGACUGAAACACUGAUUCUUGUCAAAUUUCACCUGUUCAUGUAUUGUUCUUUUUCUCAGAAUAACUUCAGCAUGUGUUCUUCUUAGCAUGUUAAUAUUGUUUUUUCUCUAUGAGACAUAUUGUUGAAAUUUAAGUUAACUCUGUUUCUUAAUUAAAUUGCACCAUGUCUAUCAGAAUGGGAAGGUAAGGAGAGAACCCCCUACAAAUGUGUACUGUAGAUAUUUUUGUAGUGUAUACUAUUUAAGUGUCCAUUUGUCUGUCCAAGCUGAUUCACAUUCAGUAGUGCAUAGUUGCUUUGUGUAUUACACUUUUGUUUGUUUUAGCCUUUAUGUUUCUUUGCCUUCAUUUGUUUCUUGGUAUGAAGCCGCCUCCACAGAAUUACAGGGUUUUUGCAUGCACUGCAUGUGCUAUUUUGGGGUAUGGUCCUUUCUUUCUUUUUAUUGCUUCUUCUCACAAUGAAAUAUAUUUAUUUUCCAGCAUGCAGAUUCGUUGUUAUAGAUGCUUCAGUAGAGCCAGUCGUCUGAUCGUAAUCAGAAAAAGCACAGUCUUUCUUUCUUUCUUUUUCUUUUUCUUUUCUUUCUUUCUUUUUUUCCUUUUUUCUUUCUUUUUCUUUCUUUCUUUCUUUCUUUCUUUUUCUUUUCUUUCUGUCUUUUUCCUUUUUUCUUUCUUUCUUUCUUUCUUUCUUUCUUUUUAAUUCUUUUUUUCUUCCUUUCUUUUUUUCAUUCUCACUCUAAAGUUUCCUUUUCCUAUGCUCACCCUGUCACUCUUUUUUAUGUCUCUAUUUACCUGUGAUUUAUGUUUUUUUAAAGUUUUCUCCUCCUCUAUCUUUUAUUUUCUCUACCUGUUAUUCUCUCUUCUCCUUCACCUUUUUUCUCUUUCUGUCUUGCCUCUUUUUCUUUCCUCCUUUAUUCCUGUCUGUCUUUUUUUUCUAAAUUACAAAAGUUCUUUCCUUUCACCUGCUGUUUUGACUUUUUUUCCAUCCUUUUUAUGGCCUUCCUGUCAUUUCCCUGUAACUUUCCUUCCUUACUCUCUUCUACCCUUGUCUCAAACAGAGCGGGUUCACCCCUCUGCACAUCGCAGCUCAUUAUGGUAACGUGAAUGUCUCCACCCUGUUGCUGAACAGAGGAGCUGCUGUGGACUUCACAGCCAGGGUACUGCCCCAUUUACCCUUAAAGUCAAGAUGCCUUUUGUACAGAAUCUAAGAAAAUCUGCUGUGUUAUAUCUAGAGGCUUGCAGAAGAAGUUUGUCUCGCUUUUACCACGACAACUUUUGAUUCCAAGUCUUUACAAACUGCGUCUUCCCUUAGCCUGUCAAAGUCAAAUUUUGUCAGGAGUGUUUUUAGCUGCAUUAUUUUCUUGGAUCUGUCUCAUAAAGAUAGUUUUUAAUUUGGGGGAUCUGAAAAAUAUCAGUUCCUUGCCACAACCAUGAAUCCUAAAAUGUUCAAAUCAAAACUUUUGGGGUGGAGUUGACUUUGUUUUCUCACUCAUCUUGUCAGAACGGGAUCACGCCUCUCCAUGUGGCCUCAAAGAGAGGCAACACCAACAUGGUGGCUCUGCUGUUGGACCGAGGAGGUCAGAUUGAUGCUAAAACCAGGGUGAGGCAGCCAUUUUUAUUUAAUGUACUAUAACUUACAGUUAUCUCCAAGUUACUUCUCAAAAGUGUUCUCAAUCAACCUGUAAACCUCAUCUCAUUUGUCACACAGAAACUGAAGUAAAGUUCACUCUUUUGACAUAUUUAUAUACUUAUUUCUUUUAAUGUUUGUGUGUGUGUGGUUGUCCCGCAGGAUGGACUGACCCCUCUGCACUGUGCAGCCAGGAGUGGGCACGACCCAGCAGUGGAAAUUCUGCUGGAGAGAGGAGCCCCCAUCUUAGCAAGAACUAAGGUAGUGUAUGGCUGAGUCAUGGCUGGAUAAGCGCACAUCUACAUUUUUUUAUUUCUCAUUUUUGUACCAUUGAUAAAUCUCAGACAUCCUGCAGUGUCUCCCUGAGAAAGCUCAUCAUUGUUCUUCUCAUCUUCGAUAUCUUUUAUCGAUAUCUUUUAACGGUUGUUUUCUAUUUUUCGCCCUCACACAGAAUGGACUGUCCCCGCUGCACAUGUCAGCCCAGGGUGACCACAUAGAGUGUGUAAAACUGCUGCUGCAGCACAAGGCGCCUGUUGAUGACGUCACGCUGGACUAUCUCACGGCGCUGCAUGUUGCAGCUCACUGCGGCCACUACAGAGUCACCAAGCUUUUGCUGGACAAGAAGGCCAAUCCAAAUGCAAGAGCACUGGUAGGGAUUAACGGGAAAUAACAACUGCACAAGCACAAAAAAGGCACUUAUACUAGGGUGACCAUAUGUCCUCUUAUACCCAGACAUGUCCUCUUUUUGGGGGCUGUCCGGCCUUGUCCAGGGGAGUUUAUAAAAUCUUUAAAAUGUACAGGGUUUUGUAUGGAAGUUUUGAGUUUGCGUCGCAUGGACAUGUAAUUAACUACGUGCGACUCCGCCCCUGCGUAGUUGUGUCCUCUUUUUGGGGAUUUAGUAUAUGGUCACCCUAAUUCAUAUGGACCUACAAAUAUACAGACAUGAGGGUAUAUAAAGAGACAGAAAAAGUGGACAGAAGUUCUGAUUCCUGUUUUGCCCUCUCUACCAGAAUGGGUUCACUCCUUUGCACAUUGCCUGUAAGAAGAACAGGGUGAAAGUGAUGGAGCUCUUGGUCAAAUAUGGAGCCUCUAUCCAGGCCAUAACAGAGGUGAGAGUCUUAGUUUGGAUUUCAAUUGUGUAAACAAAGUAAAUAUUUCUGCAUUGACCUUUGCAUUUUACGCUCAUCUUCCUGCCUUAUCUUUUCCCAGUCUGGUCUGACACCCAUCCAUGUAUCUGCCUUCAUGGGCCACCUCAACAUUGUUUUACUCCUGCUGCAGAAUGGAGCUUCACCUGACGUCCGCAACAUUGUGAGUACUGCUGACACAUAAUCUCAAGUAUGAAGUAAAGAAUAAGGCAUAAAAAAGACUACUGUUAUGUCAACUUAACUCUCAUUGAUGUUCUGUGUUUGCAUAUCAGCGUGGAGAGACAGCACUCCACAUGGCAGCAAGAGCAGGUCAGAUGGAAGUGGUUCGUUGUUUGCUUAGAAACGGAGCACUGGUGGAUGCUAUGGCGAGGGUGAGUCAGCACUUGGAUCAUCAGUGUUGAUGACUGUUUUCUUCUGUUUAUGAAAAUUAAGAACCAAAUAGUUUACAAAUACACAGAAGUGGACUAUGGUCAGUAAAUUUAGUUGAUCAGUAAAUGUCUGACUCUCUGCCUCGUCUUGUUUUUUAAACGUUUUUUUUCUCCACUCAACUUUUUUGUACAAUCCCUCGACUACAGGAAGACCAGACCCCUCUCCAUAUCUCAUCCCGUCUGGGAAAAACAGAUAUCGUCCAGUUGCUUCUCCAGCACAUGGCUCACCCAGAUGCUGCCACCACAAACGGCUACACUCCGCUCCACAUUUCAGCCAGGGAGGGACAGGUAGAGACAGCCGCGGUGCUGCUGGAGGCAGGAGCGUCACACUCACUGGCCACAAAGGUGUGCAGAAAUAAGAGCAUAAAACAUAUUUUUAGUAACAGAUUUGACUUCAGAUCAAACCAAAGUGUUCAAACAAGUCAAAUAAUGAGAAGAAAGCAGUUUGAAAAGAAAGUUUCCUCUUCUCUACCCUAUACAGAAAGGAUUCACUCCAUUACACGUAGCAGCUAAAUAUGGAAGCCUUGAUGUAGCAAAACUCCUUCUUCAACGUAAAGCUCUCACAGAUGAUGCUGGCAAGGUGAGGCAAAAAUCUGAGAUGUUUAAAUUUAUUAUUUAAAUGUAAAAUACUUGUUCAUAUUUCAUAGUGAAAUGUAUUUGACAAAGCCUCCGAUUUCACUCAUUAUUCUGAAUCCCAAAAGUUACUUGGUAUCUGCAAAAUAGUGAUUAUAAGAGAGAAUUCAACUAUUGUAAAGCCCAAAAUAAAUGACAUGAUGAUGGUGAAUUGUUUAAGAAAUAUUAAUCAUUAAAUGAUUGCUUCAUCUUACAGAACGGUCUGACUCCACUACAUGUGGCAGCUCAUUACGACAACCAAGAAGUCGCUCUGCUGCUGCUGGAUCAAGGGGCGUCACCUCAUGCUACUGCAAAGGUUAGAUUAGAGGACUUCAAAAGCUUAAAUACUUUGGUUAAUGUGUUUGUUGCUUUCUAGUAAAGUAGGUCAUAGCUGAAACUGUUACCUUUGUGCCCUUAAACUUGGUAGUGAUGCUAAGAAGAUAUAUUUUAUCUUCAAGAGCGGAUAUAAAAAAGUAAAAUGUUCUUUCUUUCUAAACAAAAAUACAAAAACCUUUUGUCUGUGAGUUUUUAUUAACAGCAGGAUGAAUUUUACGCCUAUAAAGUUGUUUUCAAAGCGUGUAACGGUUCACCUUCCUCUCUCUCCAGAAUGGCUACACUCCUCUUCACAUUGCAGCCAAAAAGAACCAGACAAACAUCGCAUUAGCGUUGCUGCAGUACGGAGCAGAGACCAACAUUCUUACCAAGCAGGGGGUCAGCCCUCUACACCUGGCAGCCCAGGAAGGACACGCUGAGAUGGCCAGCCUGCUGCUGGGCAAAGGAGCGCAUGUUAACGCAGCCACCAAGGUCACUCAAGAACACUCAAGAACACUGACACAUUUGAGUACUGCUGUCACACACUUUUAUUGAACCAAACAGAAACUGAAUUCUCUUUACAAUGUGUUUAAAAUACUUUAUUUAUUAAUUCCUCAUCUGUCUCUCCAGUUUAAAUUAUGUAUCAGAGACGGAGAUGACUUUGUGCUCUUUAUUUUUCAGAGUGGACUUACUCCUCUACAUCUCACAGCCCAAGAGGACAGGGUCAGUGCAGCAGAAGCACUGACCAAACAUGAUGCCACCUUGGAUCAGCAAACUAAGGUCAGCAAACUACAGACACACUUGCACAAGCACACACAUGUACUGAUAAUUGUGAACAUUCAUACAGUUAGAGGCAAAGCAAAACAAAAUAAAGUCACCGAUCAUGUCAAUUUGCCAAAGUGAAGACCUAGACUGUGGUGGAGCUUUUACGUUUGGUUGUAUUUUGUUGUUGAAUCUGUGUGAAAUAUUUAAAAUGUGUUUGUUGUUCAUCCACUUCCUAAAAACACUGAAAAGAAACUUCUUUCUACUGGAGCAGAAAAGUAACAUGUUUAAAAACCAAACAUUUCUGCCACCUACUGGCUUUUCCAAAGCAUGACAGCGUCUACUCAACGCCGCCUCAUCACCCAAAGAGCUCUGUAUUGAAUCAGUUGUCACACAUAGCGUGAUUAUAAAGACGUGGGACACAUGCAGCAAAGAUAAACUGCUUUCCUGUCGAUAAUUUUCUCAUCCUCUUCACCCUUCAGCUUGGAUACACCCCCUUGAUAGUGGCCUGUCACUAUGGAAAUGCUAAGAUGGUGAAUUUCCUGUUACAGCAGGGUGCCAGCGUCAACGCCAAAACAAAGGUAGAGUUCAAAGUUUAUGUUCACAGCUCGAUUUAAACCACUCAGAUAAGCCUCAGAAUUAACACAGUUAAAAACUUAUCACUUAAGUUUCAUUCAACUCUUUUUUUCUCAGAAUGGAUACACACCUCUUCACCAGGCAGCACAACAAGGCAACACACACAUUAUCAAUGUGUUGCUACAACAUGGUGCCAAGCCAAAUGCCACAACAGUGGUAAGAAAACAAUGCACCACUUUCUUUUCACUUAAUUUGUCAAGAUUUUAAAAGAAAAAGUUUAUGAAAUCAUCGUUGUCACAUGUCUUUCUGAUAGAAUGGGAACACAGCUCUGUCCAUUGCGAGACGUCUUGGUUACAUCUCUGUAGUCGACACGCUGAAGGUGGUCACAGAGGAGGUCAUCACCACCACAACGGUAUGUUUGUGAUGCUUUAAAACUCUUUCUGUAAGCUCUACGUUUUUUUUCCCCAAAUCUCAUGAACUUCUCUCCUUUCUGGUUGUCUCUGCCCCAUGACUGUGAAUUGGGAUCAUAUCAGACGGUCACAGAGAAACACAAGCUCAAUGUUCCUGAGACCAUGACCGAGAUCCUUGAUGUGUCUGAUGAAGAAGGUGAGUCCCCUCCAACGAUAAAGAAAGAGAAACUAAAACAGAAACAACUUACUGUAAUCUGAUUGGUCAUAAACCUCCCAUAUUUGUCAUAAAUAUGCAAUAGCUGUUUCUCUCUUUGUUCUGUAGCCACCAAAAGCUCUUGUUUGUUCAGUUUUGCUAUGUAGUUGCGUAGCUCUGAGUCUUAAAACUGUAUGUUUCGUAGCUUUGAAGCUGGAAGAUGAGCCACUAUCUGACAUGUCUGUGAAGCUGGAAGGUACAACAAAGUGUCUGCCUUGCUCUGCUAGCUUGCAGUCGACUACACAGUAUAUGUGUUCUUGUAACUAAUUAGUGUGGUUUAUUAUAAAUUUACAGUCACAUGAUAAGUUCCCAAGACAAAACCGUGGAUAUUGAGAGUUUUGUCUCUGGGCAUUCAAAUUUCAAUCCCAGGAGUUUCUGCCUCUUGAAGAUCUAUGAAGUUGAAUAAACCCUCCAGUCUAACACCAGAAAGAGCUCUGAUGAUGCAUCUUCAUGCAACAGUGAAAACUAACUGCAUGAAGUGCUUGGGAAUAGAGGCAUUUUUCGGGAAUUCCCGUGGGUCACGUGAUUCCCGCGGGAAUCCCACAGGAUGGGAGUCAUUUUUUAAUUAAUCCUGUGAUCGGGACGGGAACCCGAUGAACAGAUUCUGUUCAUCUGGUUGUUUAACACGGCUGAAAAUGAUCAUCUAUUAAUGUUGUUCCCGCUCCUGCCCGCCCCCGUUGUUUUUGUUUCCCAUCCCGUCCCGAUCACGGAUUAAUUCAAAAAUGACUCCCAUCAAGUGGGAUUCCCGCAGGAAUCAUGUGACCCACGGGAAUUCCCGAAAAAUGUCAUCCUCUACUUGGGAACAGAACUUCCUGACCAGUCGAGCUCAGAGAGACUUUGUUCUUCUGUUUAAUCCCUUGUCCGUCUUGCAUGUCUCCGUUCCUCAGGUGAGGACACUAUGACAGGUGAUGGAGGGGAGUACCUGAGAGCAGAGGACCUCAGAGAGCUGGGAGACGACUCUCUGCCAGGACACUACCUGGACGGCUUCAGCUACAUGAGCCACAAUCUCGACAGGUCGGAAUACAAAACACAUCACGUAUCUGUUACAUCAUACUAUCCAGCUGUUGACUGGACUCCCAUAAAAGAAAAAAACCUUGUUUCCAACAGGCUGCAGCUCACUCCUAUUAACCAAAGUUUUCAUCAGAGAGAAGGAGUUCUUAUUGAAGACAUGCUGACAAGCCACCAGGUGAGACCCAGACAUACAGAAGAACCCAAUCCUAAUCCAGCAGUUACUUAACUGGAGAGUAACUUUUCUGAAUUAAGGAUCUAUUCACAUUUUUUCAUCUUGUCUACAUUAAGCCAAAAUAUUCAAAUGCGUUGAAUUUUGGGGUACAUAGAUAUUGCUGUCCAACACAGUCUGAAAAGGCCUCCUGGGUGUAAACUGUCAAAGACGACCUUGAUUUUUGUGACUUCACCUGCUGUGUUGGUGGUUUGCAGGUAUCAGCACUGGCCCGAGAGCAUGAUAAGGAAUCCUUCCGCCUGAGCUGGGGUGCCGAGCACCUCGAUAACGUGGUGCUGUCCUCCAGUCUGCUGCACUCUGGGUAAAAACACGUACACAGACUCACACACAGUGUUUCCAGGUGUGUAGUCUUUCACAUGCUUUGUUCACUGGGGUGUGUAUGAGUCACUUGUAUCAAUUUUAAUUUUCUCUUUAAUUACUUUUCACGUCACUUCACAUCUUUGUUUCUGCUCUACUUCUUUUAUGGUUGCUGUUGUGUCUAUUUCUGUCUCCGGUCAAGUUUUCCUCACUUUUACUUAUCCUUUAUUCUCUUUUUCUCUUUUUUUUGUUUAUUAUCUUGUUGCCUCUUCGUGCACUCUCUUGUCUCGGUUGUGUUUGUGAUUUCGUAUGUGUGUGUGUGUCUGUGUUGUUGUAUUUUGCUUCUAGCCGUUCCUCUCCGUGCCUAGACCAUGACAACAGCAGGUGAUACACUUUAUUUCUAAUUUUGAUUUCGACUACUCUCCCUGGUUUUCCUCCCUUGCGCUCUUUCUUUUUCUUUCACUUCUGAACGGCUCUCUCAUUGUCAUUCUCUCUGUUUGCAUGAUUAAAGAAUGCAUGGCUUUACAUUUCCAUGGACCAGGUUUUGUUUACUUUACAUGCACUAAAACAGCCUUAUCAUCUCCUUAAAACUGUGAGAAAUACUUGGGAAUGGAAACAAAGCAGGAGGAGAGGCUGCAGAGAAUUGUGAUCUGCUUCUUGUUAUGUCUGAACUGAAUGAAGCUACAAAUGUGACCCCUUCUUAUGCGAAUACCGGUUGUUUUGUUUGCAUGGAAGCUCAAAGUCAAUAUCCUGGAAAAUAUGAUCAUAGCUAUUUUCAAACUAUCUUAGAUACUACUUGUUACAUUCUCUGUUGGACCCUUUUCUUCAGCUUCCUGGUCAGCUUCAUGGUAGAUGCCCGGGGUGGGGCCAUGCGUGGUUGCCGUCAUAAUGGCCUGCGGAUAAUUGUCCCACCAAGAAAGUGCUCUGCACCCACACGGGUGACAUGCCGGCUUGUGAAGAGACACCGUCUGGCCUCUAUGCCACCCAUGGUGGAGGGUGAGGGGCUGGCUGGUCGUAUCAUAGAGGUGGGACCCACUGGAGCCCAGUUCCUGGGGUAAGUGUGCCUGAGUGUGUGUCUGUGUUAAAUGUGUGUGUAUGAGGCUGGAUGUGCAUCUGCUUGUAUGAGUGUGUUUACAAUGUUGUGCAGUGUGUUCAUAUUUUCUUCUUCACUCCUCUUUGCUGCGUAUGGAUCAGUAAGCUCCACCUUCCCACAGCUCCGCCCCCUCUAAAUGAGGGUGAGAGCCUGGUCAGUCGCAUCCUGCAGCUGGGUCCUCCAGGAACCAAGUUCCUCGGGUAGGACUAGGAUGGGGGAGACCUAAAAGGGCCCCAUACUCACCCAUUUUUUUCCACUGUGUCCACCUGAAACUUUUUUCAGUUUCCAUGGUAUCACUUCAGUGAAGUAACUUUAUCUUUUGGUUUGAUUCUUUGUUCUGUUGUUGUUUAUUGGUUCUGGUUCAUUGGUUCAAGGUGUAGUCUGAAACCCCUUGACUUGUUGCCCUAUGUUGUUGCGUUAUUCCCAUGAUCUCCUCAUUUCAGUAGUAGCAAAUCCCAGAAUUGUGCUUUUGUUAUAAAACUGUUAUAUAAUUUAUAGAUACCUUUCAUGGUUUUAUUUUUAUGCUUGAAAUUUCCUUUUUUUUUACUUAGCAUGAAAGGCACCUGUUAUCAAAGCAAACAUGACCUUAACUUUGAUAAAGCCAGUUCUAAUAAACCCAAGUCAUGAAACGGCAUUAUUGUAAAACUUGUGCUUGAUUUCACCUUGUCUCUCCUUCAGGCCUGUGAUUGUGGAGAUCCCCCAUUUUGCGGCUUUACGCGGCACAGAAAGAGAGCUGGUGAUCCUGAGGAGUGAAACAGGGGAGAACUGGAGGGAACACCACUGUGACUUCACAGAGGAGGAGCUUAACCAGAUACUGAAUGGCAUGGAUGAAAGUAAGGGGCUGGAUUUUGAUGCUUAACCUGGUCUACGUCUCAUUUCACAGCCAUAACAGGGUCAUACUGAGCAGGAAAACAGACUCAAAACUAGAGUGGAAAGAGGCAGAGGCAUGAAGCUUCUCUGCUGGGAUAGCGAUGGGUAGCAGCUAGUAGAGUUCAUUAUCAUUUUAAUCCAUUCUUAAACUAAGCUGUGUAUGUUUUAUCUUGACAGAACUUGAUUCUCCUGAGGAGCUUGAAAAGAAGAGAAUAUGCCGCAUCAUCACGCGAGACUUCCCACAGUAUUUUGCAGUUGUGUCGCGGAUAAAACAAGACAGUCAUCUGAUCGGACCGGAGGGUGGGGUCCUUAGUAGCACUCUAGUACCCCAGGUCCAGGCGGUCUUCCCUGAAGGUGCCCUCACUAAGAAGAUUAGGGUUGGGCUACAGGUACACAAAAGUGCACUUUGUUGCAACAUGCAAAUCGGUGCAAUGUUGAAAAGAUAAUUCAAUCAUGUGAGUUAUGAUGUUGCGUUUUGUUCCUUGUCCUAGGCUCAGCCCAUCGACAUUGAGGUGGUGCGAAAGAUUCUUGGUAACAAAGCCACAUUUAGUGCGAUUGUCACGCUGGAGCCUCGAAGGAGGAAGUUCCACAAACCAAUCACCAUGACAAUCCCCAUUCCUAAGAGCUCCAAUAGUGAUGGGCAAGGUAGUGAGCUCAGUGGGGAGACUCCCACCCUACGUUUGCUAUGCAGUAUUACUGGUAAGAUGAUAAAAAUCCUCCAAUCAUUAAAAAAAAAGUCUACAUAUCAGAGCUACUUAUUUUCCAUCAUCACCUUUUUGUGAUAAUGUUAUUCAAAUUCACAACCUCUUUAAUCUCAAAUAAGAUAUAGUAGCUGUGUUCAGAGAUGUGCCUCUUUCCAAAUACAACAAAAUUACUGACAACUCCAAAAAUAUAUUGAUACACAUUUCAGGUGGAACAACUCCUGCUCAGUGGGAGGACAUCACAGGUUCCACACCACUCACCUUUGUAAACCAGUGUGUUUCCUUCACCACAAAUGUGUCAGCGAGGUAAACCCUUUCAAGAUAUGAGGUCAAGUGUCCUCCACAUUGAUUCUUAACAAUUCCAUCUACUCUUGUUCCUAAUUUCUUAAAUUGUUUACAUUUUAUAUUCUGUGCAACUAUGUGGCAUUAUUUUCAGUACCUGACUAUAGUUUCAUUUGUAUUCCAGGUUCUGGUUGAUAGACUGCAGGCAGAUCCAAGAGUCCGUUGGUUUUGCUUCUCAGCUGUACCGGGAGAUCAUCUGUGUCCCUUACAUGGCAAAGUUUGUAAUAUUUGCCAAGACACUUGAUCCCAUUGAGGCCCGUCUGCGCUGUUUCUGCAUGACAGAUGACAAGAUGGACAAAACCCUGGAGCAGCAAGAGAACUUCACUGAAGUUGCUCGUAGCAGAGAUGUUGAGGUGAAGUGUGAUAAUGAACUCUGAGGAGGGUAAUUGUCAACUUAAAAGGACUGGAAAGUCUGAUUAGUCUAUUGCCAAAUUAUGAAGGUAUGAAGAAAAUAAUGAGUGUCGUAGAAAGUAAGAGUGUAAAUUUAGAAUGAGUUUGUUAAACUAGGUAAAGCGGGUUUCUUAAGGGGCACUUUGGGAGGAAAGCUAAAUGCUGACACAGCCUCUGAGCCUGUUCUUACUUCCUGAAAAAUUCUGACAAAGCUUCUUUCCAGUACUUCAGGUCAGUUUGCAUAAUGAAAAUAACAACCCUCAAUUCUCUUUUCAAACACAGGUGCUGGAGGGAAAACCUAUAUUUGCUGACUGCUUUGGAAACCUGGUGCCUCUUACUAAAAGUGGACAGCACCAUGUGUUCAGCUUCUUUGCCUUCAAAGAGAACAGGCUGGCCCUUUUCAUCAAAGUACGACCACACAUUGGAUUAAACCAUCCGAAAUGUCAACUUUUUACCCAUUAAAAACAACACAAAUAUGUUGAUUAUGGACUACAUUUUUGUUUAUUAACUUGACAGAUAAGAGACACGGCACAGGAUCCUUGUGGUCGCUUGUCCUUUACCAAGGAACCACGCACAUACCGUAGUCUUACCCACAAUGCCAUCUGCAAUCUUAACAUCACUCUUCCAACUUACUCCAAGGUAAAUUUGAUAUGUUAGUUUGGAAUUGCAGAAAGCGGAUUACUCAUAACUGGAGUUAAUACAAUGUUUGCUGACUCUGUGUUUUGUUUUGUUUCCUAAAGGAGUCUGAUUCAGACCAAGAUGCAGAUGAUGAGGUAAACUGAGAUGAUGAAGUACAAAAUCAAAUGAUUUAUGAAAAAUCUUCUAUAAUGAGUUUAGUAUUUCAAACUAACUUUUAAAAUUUUAUUCUUUUGUUUUUUUGCAGAGUGAGAAGAGCGACAAGAAAUGUAAGCAAAAGUCUGUUUUGCAGUAUUUGUUUUUUUAAAUUAUUCAAAGUUGUAGAAUUUAAGAUAAUUUGCACACAUCUUCAAUGAACAGUGAAUAUAAAAUAUCUAUCUAUCUAUCUUUCUAUCUAUCUAUCUAUCUAUCUAUCUAUCUAUCUAUCUAUCUAUCUAUCUAUCUAUCUAUCUAUCUAUCUAUCUAUCACAUUCUUUCACAUAGACAUAUUAACACUUGCUUUCAUGAAGGAUUGAUUGUGUUAUGAAUAUUUACAGUAUAUCUCAGACUCAAUUGCAUCACUUGAUUGAAAACAAAGUAUCACUGAUCAUUGCAACUACAAAAAAAUGUAGGUAAAAACUUUAAAGAUCUGUAGGAACCGAGCUAUAGACUGUUUAAUGUGUCUCUGUUUGUUUUGAUUGACCCUGCGCUCUUACUUUGCUCUACUAACACUUAGACUGGUUAUAUAUUUAUUACUGGCAGCUAUGCUAUGGCUGAUGUACUCUCCAUUUCCAUCACACUAAACAUUAACAUUUCCAUGAUUUCUUGAAAGCUACUGGGGCUUUUAUAUAACUCAUAAUGUACUCAGAACUGCUUUGAUUUUCAAGAUAUUUGAGUAAGAAUUCCAAUUUACCUUGAAAAUAAUAGUAAUUUUAGACCGUUUUUAAUCAAAGUAGUUAAUAUUUCUUUCAAUCACAUUUAUUUAACAACUUUACCAUGUGCAUGCUGAAUUUUUUAUUUUUCUGUGUGUUCUAAUGAGCAAAUAACAUCAUGUUUUCUUGUCUUUGCAAAGAUAAAAGUAUUAUCUAUACUGACUUCAUAGCUUUUAUCAAGCUUUGUUAUUUUGAGUGCACCUUUCUUUUUCCACUUAUGAGUUUGUCAUUUAUUGAUUCAUUCAUACAUUAAGUGACAUUGUUUAUCAAGACCCUAUUCACAUUUCUGCCCUGCUCACUAUUAUUUUUUUUAUCCAAUUUAUUCACCUUUGUCAGUCAGUGGCACAAUAUAACUAUCAGUAGUACAAGUAUAAAACAAUGUAGUCAAAUUUAAAAGGAGGAUAUAUCACAGAGCAUGGUGUCACUUCACAAAGUGAAUGGCAGAAUGGGUUGCAUUUUCAAAAAAAAAUUAAGGGUGAAACAUAAUUUACUCUUUUUUAUCCUCUGUAACCCAGUAGGAUGGGUGAUGUCUGCAUCUGCAGAGAUCCCACCACCCGUCUGUACUGCACUUCAGCACGGUGCUCUGGACUUUCAUUGGCAUUAACCAUUGGUCAGUUGGGUGUAACUCCCAGACAAUAAAAGCACACAGGGUCAAGGUGGAGUUGUUUAUAAUAAAGCAACCAGUACAAAAUUAAAAAAAAAAAGAAGCUGUAGUGUUGUUUAGAAAAUGUAGAAACAUAACCAUAUAUUCUUUAAAUAAAUUACUUUAUACAACUAUUUCAAGAAAGCCCAGUUUUUAGACCAAACUUUUGAUUUGUGGGCUGACAUGAGUUUUUAUGUCAGCAACAAUCUUGAGAAAUUUUGUUCAUCUGUCCCUGCCUGUCCCUUUGUUUCAUAUGUAGGUUUCCCUGUCUCUGUUGGUUCUUUCUGUAUGUUUUCUGUAAAAAAUUUGAAUAGGCUGCUCAAAUUAACAUUAUGCUGGAUCAUAUUCUACCUUAUUUUUUCUUCCUCCUGGCUUUGCUUACGCUGUUGCUUUUCAACUUUUCACCAAACUUUUUUGGACUUCUUUUUCAUCUUCUUUUUGGCCUUCCUUUCAAGACACUUGUCCUCUGCUUUAUCGUUCUUCUCAUUAUUCUGUAAACUGAAGAUGGAUUUCUGAUGACAUUGUCACAAUUUUGACCACAGUUUUCCGAUGUCUCUCUUUCCCACUUAAUUUGUCCCUUAUCUCUUUUUUACCCUUUUUGGUUAUUGAACAUUUUUCAUUGAAGAUGAUGAAUCUGAGUCAACUGAGACAUUCUCCCUGAGAACUAACCAACCUCUUGACCCUGCAACUCUUGCAAGCCCUGACCUGCUCUCUGACAUGUCAGAUGUUAGAGUCUCUGCUACUUUGACUUAUGAGCAAAUGGAGCACUUAAUGCAUAAAGAGAGAGCUGGGGCAAUGGGGUUAGAGGAGAGAGAGACCUUUGCCAUUUUGGAUCAAUUCAACAGACAGGAAAAGACUCAAAGGGAUGACAUCGGUGAAACCAGACACAAAGUACAAAGUGACACCAAAAUGGAGAAAUGGGGUUCAUUCUCUGAGACUAAAUCCAUCGAAAUGGAGUAUACACCUGUUGAUGAACCUGUCGUCAUGGCAAUUUGCAUUGAGGGAAAGAGUACGAAAAGAUCUGCAACAGAUGUUAAAGAUAUGACGGGCAUGGUGUCACAUCUUAGCAUGGAUAUGGAUCACUAUUUGGAAGAAAUACCUGUAGUAAGGCAUGCUUCUGAGGAGGAUCUUGUGCAAGAUACAUUUGAUCAGGUUGUUGUAAAGCGUGAUGGAAAACGACGGCCCCCGGAUAUCAAAAAACCAAUCCGAAAAAAACUUAGAGACAGAGAGCGCUCUGGAUGUAGCAGCUCAGAGGGCGAGCUAGAAAGAGUGAGCUCUGAGGAGUCUUUAGACGGCGAUGUUAUUCUUCUGGAGAGUGCUCUUGUCCCCAAAGCAACUUUGGAUCCUCCUGUCUCUCCCCUAGUAGUUGAGACGCCCAUAGGAUCUAUAAAGGACAAGGUUAAAGCUUUACAGGAUAAAGUUGAAGAGGAGAAGACAAAGAAAAGUUAUCAGGAACAAAUUCCUUUGGCAAAGUCAGCCAUUACCAUGAGAACGACUGAGAGAGAAAUGCCUGAACUUCCCAGAGUUCCCAAAUCGCCCAAAUCCCCAAGAUCUCAGACAGAAAGAUUAGAGGAGACAAUGUCUGUUAGGGAUUUGAUGAAAGCAUUUCAGACCGGAGAGGACCCAUCAAAAAACAAAGCUGGGCUUUUUGAGCACAAAGCAGUUACUCCCUCUUGUGUUUCAACACUGGUUUCUGAAUCAGAAGAUUCUGGUGAGAUAAAAGAGACAGAAGAAAUGGCUACAUCCAUGUCAAAAUCACCUACUAACCAAACUCAUGGCCUCAUAACUUUACAUCAGCAAAGUAAUAUCAACAUCUCUGUCAAAACAGAUUUUGAGGACCAGCCAUCAGAGACAAUCAAAGGCAACUCUGAGGAAUCAUUCAUUGCUUUAGAUAGUGAUGAUGUUGAAAAGACAGUCAAAUUUGCUGAUACAGUCAUAUAUGAUGAUGGGAGUGCACAAAAAACAGAGCAGAAAUCGCCAGACGAAGAGGUGACAUCUGUUAAGGAGCUGUUGAAAGCAUUCCAGACCAGUGGAGAGCCUUUGAAAAGCAAAACUGAAACCUCUUGCACAUCAACACUUAUUCACAGCUCAAGAGAGCAAGGAGAGCUGCAAAUGACUGAACAGAGUUCAAGGCAGGAGAUGAAAUCACAAACCCAAACUGACCCUAACCAAAUCAGUGACAUCAUGAAUUUUGACAAAACACCCUUGGAGGAAAGACCAGUAAGCUUGAUCAAAGAUAACUCUGAGGAAUUACUAUUAAUUUCAGAUAUUGCUAAUUCUGGAAAGAAAGUGACAUUUGCAGACACAAUUCAGUGUCAUGAAGGCAGUGUUUCCCCACAUGACGAUACACCAGAGCUAUCGGACAAGGAGACAAUGUCUGUGAAGGAACUGAUGAAAACAUUCCAGGCUGGACAGGAUCCCUCAAUAAGUAAAGUGGGGCUUUUUGAGCACAAAGGGUUGGAUUCUUGUGUGUCUGAAUCGGGUGAUUCCCAGGAGGUGAAAAGGACAAAACAAAAUAAUCUGAAUAUGCAAGAAACACAGUCAGAAAAUGACACUUGGGAUAAUUGUGAAGAAUCACAAUCAGUUUCUGAGGGUGUCUUUGUCAAAGAAACACAAAAGAUUUCUGACACAAUUCAAUGUAAGGUUGGAAGCAUUGAACCAUCUAUGGAGAACCCAGAGUUGUCACAAAAAGAGGGAACGUCUGUCAAAGAAUUAAUGAAAGCAUUCCAGGAUGAACAGCGCUCAAAUAAAGGUGGGCUAUUUGACAAAUUUGCCGCUUUUAGCAUUGCAGCAGUCGCCUCUGAACCUUCAGAUCUUGGUGAGUUACAGAGGAUAGAAUCGAGUCUUUCACAGGAGCCAAAUUCACAAACUCAAACGCAGAAUUUCACAAUUUCCCAUCGACAGGAUGAUGUAAACAUCUAUCACACUACAGUGCCAAAGGAUAGACCAGUAAACAUAAUCGGAGAUGACACUGAGGGAUCACUCAACAUUUCAGAUAGUGUAAAUAUUGAGAGAACUGUAAAACCAAUGGAGACAAUUCAAUGUGAUGAUGAAGGUGCAUGGAAAAAUAAGCCUACCUUGUCUGAAAAGGAGACCAUGUCAGUGAAGGAGCUGAUGAAAGCUUUCCAGACUGGAAAGGAAAGUGAAGCUGGACUGUUUGAACACAAAGCCAUUGAUUCCUCUUGCAGAACAACACUGAUAUCUGGAUCCCAGGACCCUGAAGAAAAACAGGUAGAUGAGUACAGUCCCCUGCAACCAGAAACUGAAAUACAGAAUCUGUCAAAUCUUCAUCCACAAAUUGGUGUCAACAUGUUUGGAUCAUCGGACUUGUGUUUUCAGACAGUAAGCUUAAACACAGAUGACAUAAGUAAACCACAGCUUUUCUCAGAGCCUUCCGAUUCAUGUGAGACAGAAAUAAGAGUAGGAAUAGAUCAUGUUGAUGAUGAUGGAAUGGUCAGCCCUCAAACAGAAAAGCCAGAUUUGACAGGGGAGUGCCUACGUGUGAUGCAUUUGGAACACCCAGUUGUAAGCACAGGUAAGAGGAUGUCAGAGGAUAUACAGAUCAGUCCUGACAGGAGACCCUCUGAGGAUUUCAGUGCUGACAUAAAAGCUGAACUGGAAGAAAGUCCUGAGUACCAACUCUUUAAGCAGACUUCAGAAGCUACUGAUGUUAGCUUUGAGCUAAAGGGACUGGAGGGGGAAAACAUGGGUGAUGAUGCUGAUAUAAAUCCAAUAUCCAUCUCUAGUUUCUGCAAGAGAAAUUCCUUUGAAGAACACGUUUCCCAGUUUGAGAAUCAAGCUAAAUACGAUGAUCUAAGUCCUGAAAGUCCCAGACAUGAAGGCAUGGCUGAAUCAAACAUAAGUCUUGGCUUUGGGACCUAUCAUUCUAGCUCAGAGGAGUGUGAGUACUUUGAAGGACUUCCAAUGAAUGAACAGAUGACACAACUACAAAAGGAGACAUGCCAUGAGGAAAGCAUGGAAAAUACAAUGAUCAAUACCGGAAGCAAAAUGCUCUCUACAAAAAUUUCCACUGAAUUAACACAGGACAAAGUAAAAGAGCCACAGUUACAAGAAGUUUACACUAAGGAGAGAACAGCCAGCCAGCCCUCCAAUGUAAAAGAUAUGUCAGGAAUGUUGUCUUUACUGAGCAGUGACUUGGAUGGUUAUCUACAAACCAGGCCUCUGAAAAGUCCGAUUCCAGAAGGAGCAAUUGUCCAGGAGAGUUUUACACAAAUUAUCAUAACCAAGAAUCCAGACGAAGACAUUCACACUUCUGUCAGUAAAGACGCGCAUGUGGAUGGCACACCAAAAGAAAAUGAUCACAAAAUGGUGAAAGAACAUUUAAGCACUGAAGAGGCAGCGAGUGAACCUCCAAUGAAAGAAGAGUGGGUAAAGAAAAAGGCUUCUUGUCAGUCAUCUACAAAAGUAAAAGACAUGUCAGGCAUGGAAUCAUUGCUUAACAGUGACUUGGAAGAAUACCUUAAGGACAUGCCCACAAGAAGCAAGCCUUCAGAAGAGGAUGUUAUCCAGGAAAAGUUUAAAGAAGUGACCCUUUCCAAGAUCAGAAAAGCCUCAAGUGAGGGGCAAACAAUUACUGAAUGGGAGAAAACAAUCACAGAAGUAAGACCUCAGAUAGAGGAUGAGAGAGGUGAAGAGACACACAGUCAGCUUGAUGUGGUCGGACCUGGAGAACUCUCCACAAGUUCUGUAUUGGAAAUGCCUUUCCAAGAAGUUUUGAUAAAGAAGAAACACUUCCAACCAUCCCCUGCUGAGAAGGAUAUGUCAGGAAUGUUGUCACUCUUGAGCUGUGACUUAGAUCAACACAUCAAGGAAAAGGAUAAGAUAAGUUUGGUGGCAAACCAAGACAUGCAGACAAACACAGUUGAAGUCACAGACUUGCCAACAAGUCCUGACCAAGAGACACCUUUCAUAGAAGUUUGCAUUGAAAGAAAGACUCAGAAAUGUCAGCCUACAACUGAGAGGAAUAUGACAGGCAUGUUGACACUACUCAGUAGUGACCUAGAUCAGUACCUCAAAGAAAAGCCAGAUGUGACACCAGUUUACCCAGAGGAUAUGGUAGUUCAUGAGGACAAUCAUGAAGUAAUUGUUUCAGAAAACACUACAAAAGAGGCUCUCACCAUCUCCUCAGAACACCAGAUGUUUUCACCACAGGCAACACACUUGGAAACUGUAAAUACAACAAAAAGGAGAAAUUUGGAAAGUGAAGAGCAGAAUUGUUUCCAUGAAGAUGGCGCUCAAAAAAGUUACUCAAUUGAUCCAUCAAUGAUUCCACAGCGUCCACUUGAUUUCAAUAACCUGGUUUUGGCUGACCCAGCUGAAGAGCCAUGUCAACAAGACUCACUAGAGUCAAGCCCUGUCGUGGAGGAUAGAUCAUCUAGGCCAUCCCCUGACUCAAUUGAGCCAAGCCCUACCAGAGAUUCCCCUUGCCCAGACUCUCUUGAGGGAAGUCCCACUCAGACAAAGGAAACAGUGCUUAAUAUGCCAUCCAAGCCAGCUGUGUAUGAGGAUUACGCCUCCCAGCUGGAAGCCUGUUUUGUGUACGACAAAGAUAUUUAUGGAGAUGACAGUGAGGAUGAUGAGCAAGAGAACAUUAAUGAGGCCAUAAAAGUGGAAAGUGCUACCAAAGAGGAAAAAUAUUCCCCCUCAGCAGAGUUAGAUCCUGAAAAACGUGGUAGUGAAAAUCUUCAAAUAUUCAUACGAAAAGACUCUCUAGACACAGAUGAUGCUGAGGUUGAUAACAAUGAUAAACAAUUUACCCCGGAAGAGGAGAUGUUUAAAAUGGCUUCAAAGAUCAAAACGUUUGAGGAGAUGGAACAGGAGGCUAGACAAAGGAGAGACAUAUUUUUAGAUGCUGCUGAGCUGUCAGAAGCAGGUGAUUACAAAGAUGCUGAGCUAGUUUUAAAAUCUGAUCCAGAUGCACUGAAUUUACCAAAAGACACACCACAGGACACAUCUCAAAAAUGUGUAACAGGAAGUUCUUCUACCCUCAAUGAGACAUCUGGUAUUACUUUGAGCAGUGAGGAAAAGGAAGAAGUUGAGUUUCAAAUAGAAACUAGUCAGUCAGGUGAGAAUUCAUUGGAUGAAGUUGAGCCAGCACUGACAGAUGUUGUAGGUUUUGAAAGCAAACAUCAGACUUCAGUAUUAACAGAAAAAACAGACUAUAUAGUAUCAGGGUAUGAAGAUGCUUGUAUUGGGGAUGAGCAACAGCUGAAUUGUCUAGCAGAAGACAAAAUAAAUCCUGUUAAACCACUGAGCAGAACCCCAGGUAGUGAGGGAACUUCAGAUCCAUUUCAGUUUCAGGAGGGGAAACUGUUUGAAAUGACCAGAGGAGGCGCUAUUGAUAUGACAAUGAGAAGCUUUGAUGAAGGAGUAGAUUAUGCUUUUUUUCACAUAGGGGAACACUCAGUUGAUGAAGCAGUGUCUUCAACUAAUGAGAACAGUAAUCUGAUGACAGAUACAACUUAUGAAGAGAUCCCUCAAUCAUCUGAGACUCCCACUCCAAAACCCCGAACUCUUGUCAAACCUUCAGAUGAAAAGUCAGAUAGCGUAAAGCCACUUUCAAAAGCUGAUCUUGGAAGCCCCACUGAGGUUCAGCUUGGUUCCCCCAGUCCUUUUGAAGGCUCAACUACAAUUAAAAGUGAGGUUGGAGGUCUUGAAAGCCUUGGUUUAGACUAUUUAGACUCAACUAUUGCUGACCUUCAAUCUGACAAAUCCACAGUUGCAUAUUCAGGGUAUUCAGAGCCAAGCCAUGAUUCUUCAGACUCCUCUCCUGAUGACGAUGAGGAUGAAGAAGAUGAAGACCAAUGUUCAGUCAUAGAGAUGUCCUCUUCACCUAGAAAUACUGGGAUUCAAGAACACCAUCAGGAUUUAAACCCAUCUUUGACAAGCAAACCAGAUGUCACAAGUAAGGAGGGGAUUAUCUUGAAUUCACAGAUUUCAGAAUUUGACCAGGUUCAAAGAACAGCAAAAAAAAGCUCAACUUUAAACCGCCGGACUAGAUCUGAGGCCUACAGUAACACAAGUAAAGUCUCACAUAAAGUCAACAGGAGUCACUCUGAAAAUGGCCAGUCCACUCAUAGCUACUCUAUUUCGACUACCAAACUUGCUGUCAUGACACAACUCUCACCUUCAGCACAGGAGACCUCCUGCUCCUCACCUCAAAGUCAAGAAAUCCAACUUUCUGAGACCACAGAAACAACUGUUAGGCCUUCAUCGGACAUUGAUGAAAUGAGCAGCAGUAGUCACAAGAGUCCAGAUUCUGUUAUCUUUACAUAUGAUAUCCCAGCCUCAUGCGGUUCAGAUUCUGAUGGCAAGCCAGUACCUCGUGCCCAGCUGUCAUCUGGGACAGAGGAUGUUUUUGAAUAUAGGCAUACCUGGGAUGACACAGUGGAAACCCAGAUGCAGAAAAUCAUCGAUGAUCAAACUCCACAGUGUUCGUCAGGUAUGGCCAGAAUUACAUGGGCUUUUAUUUUCCCAUCCUCUCCCUCCUGGCCGCAAGACCCUUCCUCCCCCUCCAAGAGAAUAAUGUUGCCAUUAGUUAUUUUUUGUGUACAUGUGUGCGUGUGUGUGUAUGUUUGUGUAUGUGGGUUUGUUGUGGUGUUUUGCAUGUUGUCAAGUUUCUUUUUCAUCUGUGUUUGUGUAAUUGCUAUCUCAAGAUUGAAUGGCCAUGGCAGGUACAAAAGUAGGAGCUUAAUUGUUAUUAUUUUAAAUUUGUUUUUUAUUGAUUAUGAUGCUUGUACUACUAAUAUAGUUUUACUAAUCUUUGCAUGCACAUUGCUUAAUCAAAAACUGAUGGCUUGAAAACACAAAGUGCUAAGUGUUACCAAACUGUCCUUGUUAUUGAUAAACUGUCAUUUUUUAAUCCAUCUCAACAUCACAUUUGUAAUUAUUUAGAGUAUAACAGCCCAUAACAUAGAGACCACAGGAAAUAUUUGCAUCUACAUUAAUCUCUACCACAGACAUUACUGUUUCCUUUAGCACAAAAAGGUUAUUCUCUAAGAAACAGAAUAAAACUUGAUACCUUGAACUUUAAACCAUGAUAUUAGGGUUUAAUCUUUGGCUCUGGUGGCAUUUUUUAGUGGAUUGGCAGGAUGAUGCUGACAGAAAAGAGGAAACAUUAGCUAUCGUUGCAGAUCUGCUUGGAUUUAGCUGGACAGGUAAGCUGUAAUAUUAUGCAAGUGUCUUUUUUAAUGAAGUACAAAUAUGUUGUUCUGUUUUAACUAUAAUUGAAAUAGUUUUACGCCAAACACAUUUGCAAGAGAUGAAACUGUGUGUAGUUAAGUAUCCAUGCUCUGGGUGCAAAAUAUACACAAAUUUCAGUUUAAGAUCUUUUUACAUUUUCAUGCCUUGAUUAUUUAUCCAUCACCCUAGAACUGGCAAAAGAGCUGGAAUUCAAUGAGAAUGAAAUCCAACUGGUAAGAACGGAGAAUCCUAAUUCCCUCCAAGAGCAGAGCCAUGCUUUACUCCAACGCUGGGUUGAACGGGAAGGCAAACAUGCUACAGGUAUAUACCAUUUAGCUGACAGAUUUUGGUGGAUGAUAAACCAUUAUUUAAUACAGUUAUUUGAUCCUACAAAUAACCGACAUCUAUAAAUAAAUUAUUUUUCUGUCAGUGUAAGGUCUGUAACAGUCUACCAUUUUUUUCUGCAGAGGACUGUCUUGUUAAAAGACUCACCAAGAUCAACCGCAUGGAUAUUGUCCAUUUAAUCGAAACCCAGAUGAACAAGUCAGUUCAAGAGCAAACAUCUAGAACAUAUGCUGAAAUAGAGAAGACACUGGAUCAUAGUGAAGGUAGGAAAACUUCUUUGCAAAACGGUGUAGCCCACACCAUCUAAUAGCAAACACAAUCACUCUUGCACACAUUAAUGUCAUGUUGGUAUUUUUUUUUUCAGUAUCAGUAGCCCUUUCUUCAGUGCAAGAUGAUGCAGACAGCCCCAGAAUUGUGAGAAAGGUGGAGUCGGACCGUAGACCACCUCCUGCUGUUUCUGAAGAGGACCUUUCAGUUGCCUCCCUACUGGACAUUCCAUCCUGGGCAGAACCUGUUGGACAAACCCAUUCAGAAAGCAUCCACGGUGACCUUCUGGAGGAGCUCGAAAUCCCACAGUAAAUUAAUUAUUUGAAAUUAUUAAUUCAUAAACCUGACACCCAAACCUGACACUCAAAAUAAGCACUACAAACACCAUAAUGAACCUUAAUGUUUUGUUAGUCUUAAAAUGGCUGCUUACUUAAAGUCAUCUAUCCUAGCAUCUUGAUAGUAUGAAAUAGGACAGUGUCAUAUCCUAAUGCUUUUAUUCAGAAAGAUUUGACACAUUGUACUCAUACGAAGUCACAAUAUCUGUCCAACCUAUUCUGUGUUACAGUGAAUUAAACCCUAACCUGUGGACCUCUGAGGAUGUUAUUGAGCAAGAACCUACAAUGUAUGACAACUCAGAUGAGCAAGUAAGUACAUUUACUCCUGUGGCAGAUGAAGCAUUGGAGAGCCGUGCCACACAGGUUUAUGAACCCAAAGAAAGAAGCCAUCAAGAUUGUUGCAGCCUUCAUUUUGUCAGGCCUUCAGAAGGUGGCAUUCACAGUCGAGUCAAAGAUGACUGCAGCCAAAUCUUACUGCUGGAGCAGUGUGGUUGUGGAGAUGAGCAGAAACAAUCAUUUGAAAGCCUCAAAUUACCCUCAUGUAUAAAUAUCAUAGACUUUGGUCUGAGUCUGUCAGAGUCGGACCAAGCUGAGACUGACUUCAAUGAGCUCUGGGAUGAGUUUGAGGUGAUACCACAGCUGUGCAAUACAAAUGAAACUAGAACCAGAGGAAUCUCUGACCCCAACCUGUUAGCCCUGCCAGAUGAGGAACAGCAAGCAAUGCUGGCUGUGAUAGAAGAGGACACUACUAUUGCUCAAAAAAGCAGCCCCUCUCAGAAGUGUAGAAGUGAAGCCCAGUCCUUGAAUUCACCUCACAGCCCUAAAACAGCCUCCCAGGGGUCAAGUUUGGACAUAAGUUUCAAAGCUAUCAAGUCAAGCAAGGAGGAAAACACAAAACCACCAGCAUGCAGUGGCGGGUAUCUGGAAAGCAUACCCUUUUGUGAUGAUAUUGAUGAUAUCAAGUCACUGGAACCUAAUGUUACUCCAGCAGAGUACAAGAAUUGUCCACAGAUUCCGACAGGCAUUUUCCCUGCUCAUAUGGCUUGUGACUUAACUGAAAGUUACUCUAUCACCUCUCCUAUUAGUCAUGAAAUUGACCAAGUCGUUGACAAGGCAAAAAAACCAUUCAACUCUAAGCCAAAACUAACCUCCCUUCACCCUCUUCUACCUACCAAUCAUUUUGCACCACAGUCACCUUGCACUUUAAGAGAGUACAAUUCCUUCACCCCAGAUUCAAUGACAUCUGAGGAGCAGUGUGUCUUGUUUUCAUCUGAAAGUAAAAGUGGGCUCUUUUUUGAAGAGACAUUUACAUUAAAUGACUCCAUAACAAGAAUGUCAUCCCCUGAUUCUGUCAUGUCAAUCAGUGACUACAGGGCAUUGUCACCUGACUCUCCACUGGAGGGAGAGAGGGGAUUUCCUGACUUUCCCUGUAUACAAGAUGACUGCUGGACACACUCUCUAGAUGAAUGUAGUAUACCUGAAGUUGAUAUCAAUAUUUCAAAAAAUGAAUUUUGCACCUGUCAAGCACAUACACAUGAAUGUGAACCAGAUUUUAAAAAGCAUGAAGGUUUGGCCAUAGCUACGAUUUCAAGUACCUCGUCUACAAAAUCCCCUAAGUCUUGGGACAAUAAAAGGCAGGUAUAUUCAGACCAGCAAAAAGCCCAAUAUGGGACAUCUGUACCAAGAUGUUCAUUGUUUAAUGGAGAGUUAAACUCAUUCUUUAGCAUGGCAUCAGAUAACAGAGAAAGAGAAGUAAAUUUGACUGACUCAGUUACACCAUCUGAUGCACAUGGCUUUCCAGACAGGGAUUCUCGACCAUCCUCACCAGAAUCUCAAACCUCUCACAGCAGUUUUUCGUUUCUAGAACUUUUGCUCUCUGAACCUUUUCGGAAGCAACUAAGCAAUCAAUAUUGUGAUUAUUAUCUGCAAUAUUCAGGAGGAAAUAAAUCAUCACUAAUUUGGACACCAGAUCUUUGCAACUCAGUUCUUCAUGAGAAAGAUGGUCAAGGUAGCCUUAUGAAAGCUUCCAGUAAUCAUGAACAUCAUCUCCUCCAUCAAUCGGUAAAAACACACACAAGUGACACACAAAAGUAUUUGUCAUCAAGGGACACGCAUACAAUGUAUAACUAUUUGCAGUAUUCAGAGAGGUCUCCUUCAUCACCUGUUGAGGAAUGGAAGAACAAAUACUGCACUGAUUCACCACAGUCUUUGAAAGGGCAUAUGGAUCCCAAAGAAAUGCUUCCUGCAUUUACAACUGCUGCUUGUUAUGAUAGCCAUACUGGAUUGCAAAAUAACCAAAGAGCAAAAUCAGGCAGUUCAAAUGAAUCAGAAAUGCAAUUUGGAGCACAGCCUCUGUCAACUGUAGUACAAAUCCCGGACACAUUGGAAUGUAAGUCAUUCCUUGAUUACUGGUUUGAUAAGAAUGAAUCACAAAUUUACACACCACCAGCAGAAAAAUCAUGCAAAACUUUAACUGAAGGAGGACAAAAAAUGGUGUCAAUCAAUGAGGUGAAAGCCUCUAGAAGUUUCACUUGUGACAUUGAAAACAAAGAGGAAACCCUGACCUUGGAAAAUAAAAAUAAGAAACUGUAUGAUAGAACUUGUCACCUGUCAAAAGUGGAAGAUAAAGCACCAAUGGUUUUUGACUUAGUUAAAAAGCCAAGAUAUAUUUUGAAUUUUCCAGGUGAACAACUUUUGACGUCCAACAGAAAAAGUGUUUCAGAGCAUGAUAAAGAAACAGUGUCAAAAUUGAAAAGUUUUGAAGAAAGUAAAAUAGUAAAAAGAAAAAUCUCCUUUGAAUACAGAGCGUUGUCCCCGGAUUCUGUGUCUUCCGAAUUCGACUUUUCGCUCCUGCAGGACUGGUUGGCAGACUUUAGAGCAUCCUCCCCAGAGUCUGUGACUUCAGUUGAGCAGCGCUCUGUGUUUCCCAGCAUGGCAUUUGGCCAGAUGGAGAGUCAGCACUGUGACUAUUACCUGCGGUACGCUGAGGGUAGACCGGUAUCACCUCGCUCGACCCUGUCAGAUGAUGAGUUUUCUCAAUAUAGUCUCCAGGAACUGUUUGAGGACGACGACAGGCCAGAUUCGCCAGAUUCGCUCCCUUCCCAGGUGGUAGAUAAACAAACAGGCGUUACUGUGACUGCAGCCCCAAGGCCUCAGGGCACAAGACCCCUGACGUAUGCAGACAUCGUGCGGGGCGUUGCUUACCAAAAGCCUGCGGACGCUUUGCCGGGCCUCACCUCCUUUGAGUUGAGACCUGUUUGGCCCCUGCCGGCCUCCUGUGAGAAUGAGUGCGCUCACUACUCCAUAGACGAUUACAUGACUGAGCUCAGACCAGAGUCUCCCGAGUCGGGGGCGUCUCAGAGUGCACUUAGGGCCCUCUCUCCGGACUCACCUGUUCCUCAGUUCACAGUUCCCCAUGUGGGCUACGCCCUGGACUUGUCCAGAGACAGGUCGUUUACCCCAGAAUCAACCUUUUCCGACUGGGAAGGUAGGGAUUUGUGUCUGGGUGCCCUGUUUGAGGAGAGCAGACCAGAGUCCCCGCAGUCAGUUUUCUCCGACUAUGGACUUGACGAGCUAUUUAGUAGCAGGGCGUUGUCCCCGGAUUCCGUGUCUUCCGAAUUCGAAUUUUCGCUCCUGCAGGACUGGUUGGCAGACUUUAGAGCAUCCUCCCCAGAGUCUGUGACUUCAGUUGAGCAGCGCUCUGUGUUUCCCGGCAUGGCAUUUGGCCAGAUGGAGAGUCAGCACUGUGACUAUUACCUGCGGUACGCUGAGGGUAGACCGGUAUCACCUCGCUCGACCCUGUCAGAUGAUGAGUUUUCUCAAUGUAGUCUCCAGGAACUGUUUGAGGACGACGACAGGCCAGAUUCGCCAGAUUCGCUCCCUUCCCAGGUGGUAGAUAAACAAACAGGCGUUACUGUGACUGCAGCCCCAAGGCCUCAGGGCACAAGACCCCUGACGUAUGCAGACAUCGUGCGGGGCGUUGCUUACCAAAAGCCUGCGGACGCUUUGCCGGGCCUCACCUCCUUUGAGUUGAGACCUGUUUGGCCCCUGCCGGCCUCCUGUGAGAAUGAGUGCGCUCACUACUCCAUAGACGAUUACAUGACUGAGCUCAGACCAGAGUCUCCCGAGUCGGGGGCGUCUCAGAGUGCACUUAGGGCCCUCUCUCCGGACUCACCUGUUCCUCAGUUCACAGUUCCCCAUGUGGGCUACGCCCUGGACUUGUCCAGAGACAGGUCGUUUACCCCAGAAUCAACCUUUUCCGACUGGGAAGGUAGGGAUUUGUGUCUGGAUGCCCUGUUUGAGGAGAGCAGACCAGAGUCCCCGCAGUCAGUUUUCUCCGACUAUGGACUUGACGAGCUAUUUAGUAGCAGGGCGUUGUCCCCGGAUUCCGUGUCUUCCGAAUUCGACUUUUCGCUCCUGCAGGACUGGUUGGCAGACUUUAGAGCAUCCUCCCCAGAGUCUGUGACUUCAGUUGAGCAGCGCUCUGUGUUUCCCGGCAUGGCAUUUGGCCAGAUGGAGAGUCAGCACUGUGACUAUUACCUGCGGUACGCUGAGGGUAGACCGGUAUCACCUCGCUCGACCCUGUCAGAUGAUGAGUUUUCUCAAUGUAGUCUCCAGGAACUGUUUGAGGACGACGACAGGCCAGAUUCGCCAGAUUCGCUCCCUUCCCAGGUGGUAGAUAAACAAACAGGCGUUACUGUGACUGCAGCCCCAAGGCCUCAGGGCACAAGACCCCUGACGUAUGCAGACAUCGUGCGGGGCGUUGCUUACCAAAAGCCUGCGGACGCUUUGCCGGGCCUCACCUCCUUUGAGUUGAGACCUGUUUGGCCCCUGCCGGCCUCCUGUGAGAAUGAGUGCGCUCACUACUCCAUAGACGAUUACAUGACUGAGCUCAGACCAGAGUCUCCCGAGUCGGGGGCGUCUCAGAGUGCACUUAGGGCCCUCUCUCCGGACUCACCUGUUCCUCAGUUCACAGUUCCCCAUGUGGGCUACACCCUGGACUUGUCCAGAGACAGGUCGUUUACCCCAGAAUCAACCUUUUCCGACUGGGAAGGUAGGGAUUUGUGUCUGGGUGCCCUGUUUGAGGAGAGCAGACCAGAGUCCCCGCAGUCAGUUUUCUCCGACUAUGGACUUGACGAGCUAUUUAGUAGCAGGGCGUUGUCCCCGGAUUCCGUGUCUUCCGAAUUCGACUUUUCGCUCCUGCAGGACUGGUUGGCAGACUUUAGAGCAUCCUCCCCAGAGUCUGUGACUUCAGUUGAGCAGCGCUCUGUGUUUCCCGGCAUGGCAUUUGGCCAGAUGGAGAGUCAGCACUGUGACUAUUACCUGCGGUACGCUGAGGGUAGACCGGUAUCACCUCGCUCGACCCUGUCAGAUGAUGAGUUUUCUCAAUGUAGUCUCCAGGAACUGUUUGAGGACGACGACAGGCCAGAUUCGCCAGAUUCGCUCCCUUCCCAGGUGGUAGAUAAACAAACAGGCGUUACUGUGACUGCAGCCCCAAGGCCUCAGGGCACAAGACCCCUGACGUAUGCAGACAUCGUGCGGGGCGUUGCUUACCAAAAGCCUGCGGACGCUUUGCCGGGCCUCACCUCCUUUGAGUUGAGACCUGUUUGGCCCCUGCCGGCCUCCUGUGAGAAUGAGUGCGCUCACUACUCCAUAGACGAUUACAUGACUGAGCUCAGACCAGAGUCUCCCGAGUCGGGGGCGUCUCAGAGUGCACUUAGGGCCCUCUCUCCGGACUCACCUGUUCCUCAGUUCACAGUUCCCCAUGUGGGCUACGCCCUGGACUUGUCCAGAGACAGGUCGUUUACCCCAGAAUCAACCUUUUCCGACUGGGAAGGUAGGGAUUUGUGUCUGGGUGCCCUGUUUGAGGAGAGCAGACCAGAGUCCCCGCAGUCAGUUUUCUCCGACUAUGGACUUGACGAGCUAUUUAGUAGCAGGGCGUUGUCCCCGGAUUCCGUGUCUUCCGAAUUCGACUUUUCGCUCCUGCAGGACUGGUUGGCAGACUUUAGAGCAUCCUCCCCAGAGUCUGUGACUUCAGUUGAGCAGCGCUCUGUGUUUCCCGGCAUGGCAUUUGGCCAGAUGGAGAGUCAGCACUGUGACUAUUACCUGCGGUACGCUGAGGGUAGACCGGUAUCACCUCGCUCGACCCUGUCAGAUGAUGAGUUUUCUCAAUGUAGUCUCCAGGAACUGUUUGAGGACGACGACAGGCCAGAUUCGCCAGAUUCGCUCCCUUCCCAGGUGGUAGAUAAACAAACAGGCGUUACUGUGACUGCAGCCCCAAGGCCUCAGGGCACAAGACCCCUGACGUAUGCAGACAUCGUGCGGGGCGUUGCUUACCAAAAGCCUGCGGACGCUUUGCCGGGCCUCACCUCCUUUGAGUUGAGACCUGUUUGGCCCCUGCCGGCCUCCUGUGAGAAUGAGUGCGCUCACUACUCCAUAGACGAUUACAUGACUGAGCUCAGACCAGAGUCUCCCGAGUCGGGGGCGUCUCAGAGUGCACUUAGGGCCCUCUCUCCGGACUCACCUGUUCCUCAGUUCACAGUUCCCCAUGUGGGCUACGCCCUGGACUUGUCCAGAGACAGGUCGUUUACCCCAGAAUCAACCUUUUCCGACUGGGAAGGUAGGGAUUUGUGUCUGGGUGCCCUGUUUGAGGAGAGCAGACCAGAGUCCCCGCAGUCAGUUUUCUCCGACUAUGGACUUGACGAGCUAUUUAGUAGCAGGGCGUUGUCCCCGGAUUCCGUGUCUUCCGAAUUCGACUUUUCGCUCCUGCAGGACUGGUUGGCAGACUUUAGAGCAUCCUCCCCAGAGUCUGUGACUUCAGUUGAGCAGCGCUCUGUGUUUCCCGGCAUGGCAUUUGGCCAGAUGGAGAGUCAGCACUGUGACUAUUACCUGCGGUACGCUGAGGGUAGACCGGUAUCACCUCGCUCGACCCUGUCAGAUGAUGAGUUUUCUCAAUGUAGUCUCCAGGAACUGUUUGAGGACGACGACAGGCCAGAUUCGCCAGAUUCGCUCCCUUCCCAGGUGGUAGAUAAACAAACAGGCGUUACUGUGACUGCAGCCCCAAGGCCUCAGGGCACAAGACCCCUGACGUAUGCAGACAUCGUGCGGGGCGUUGCUUACCAAAAGCCUGCAGACGCUUUGCCGGGCCUCACCUCCUUUGAGUUGAGACCUGUUUGGCCCCUGCCGGCCUCCUGUGAGAAUGAGUGCGCUCACUACUCCAUAGACGAUUACAUGACUGAGCUCAGACCAGAGUCUCCCGAGUCGGGGGCGUCUCAGAGUGCACUUAGGGCCCUCUCUCCGGACUCACCUGUUCCUCAGUUCACAGUUCCCCAUGUGGGCUACGCCCUGGACUUGUCCAGAGACAGGUCGUUUACCCCAGAAUCAACCUUUUCCGACUGGGAAGGUAGGGAUUUGUGUCUGGAUGCCCUGUUUGAGGAGAGCAGACCAGAGUCCCCGCAGUCAGUUUUCUCCGACUAUGGACUUGACGAGCUAUUUAGUAGCAGGGCGUUGUCCCCGGAUUCCGUGUCUUCCGAAUUCGACUUUUCGCUCCUGCAGGACUGGUUGGCAGACUUUAGAGCAUCCUCCCCAGAGUCUGUGACUUCAGUUGAGCAGCGCUCUGUGUUUCCCGGCAUGGCAUUUGGCCAGAUGGAGAGUCAGCACUGUGACUAUUACCUGCGGUACGCUGAGGGUAGACCGGUAUCACCUCGCUCGACCCUGUCAGAUGAUGAGUUUUCUCAAUGUAGUCUCCAGGAACUGUUUGAGGACGACGACAGGCCAGAUUCGCCAGAUUCGCUCCCUUCCCAGGUGGUAGAUAAACAAACAGGCGUUACUGUGACUGCAGCCCCAAGGCCUCAGGGCACAAGACCCCUGACGUAUGCAGACAUCGUGCGGGGCGUUGCUUACCAAAAGCCUGCAGACGCUUUGCCGGGCCUCACCUCCUUUGAGUUGAGACCUGUUUGGCCCCUGCCGGCCUCCUGUGAGAAUGAGUGCGCUCACUACUCCAUAGACGAUUACAUGACUGAGCUCAGACCAGAGUCUCCCGAGUCGGGGGCGUCUCAGAGUGCACUUAGGGCCCUCUCUCCGGACUCACCUGUUCCUCAGUUCACAGUUCCCCAUGUGGGCUACGCCCUGGACUUGUCCAGAGACAGGUCGUUUACCCCAGAAUCAACCUUUUCCGACUGGGAAGGUAGGGAUUUGUGUCUGGAUGCCCUGUUUGAGGAGAGCAGACCAGAGUCCCCGCAGUCAGUUUUCUCCGACUAUGGACUUGACGAGCUAUUUAGUAGCAGGGCGUUGUCCCCGGAUUCCGUGUCUUCCGAAUUCGACUUUUCGCUCCUGCAGGACUGGUUGGCAGACUUUAGAGCAUCCUCCCCAGAGUCUGUGACUUCAGUUGAGCAGCGCUCUGUGUUUCCCGGCAUGGCAUUUGGCCAGAUGGAGAGUCAGCACUGUGACUAUUACCUGCGGUACGCUGAGGGUAGACCGGUAUCACCUCGCUCGACCCUGUCAGAUGAUGAGUUUUCUCAAUGUAGUCUCCAGGAACUGUUUGAGGACGACGACAGGCCAGAUUCGCCAGAUUCGCUCCCUUCCCAGGUGGUAGAUAAACAAACAGGCGUUACUGUGACUGCAGCCCCAAGGCCUCAGGGCACAAGACCCCUGACGUAUGCAGACAUCGUGCGGGGCGUUGCUUACCAAAAGCCUGCAGACGCUUUGCCGGGCCUCACCUCCUUUGAGUUGAGACCUGUUUGGCCCCUGCCGGCCUCCUGUGAGAAUGAGUGCGCUCACUACUCCAUAGACGAUUACAUGACUGAGCUCAGACCAGAGUCUCCCGAGUCGGGGGCGUCUCAGAGUGCACUUAGGGCCCUCUCUCCGGACUCACCUGUUCCUCAGUUCACAGUUCCCCAUGUGGGCUACGCCCUGGACUUGUCCAGAGACAGGUCGUUUACCCCAGAAUCAACCUUUUCCGACUGGGAAGGUAGGGAUUUGUGUCUGGAUGCCCUGUUUGAGGAGAGCAGACCAGAGUCCCCGCAGUCACUUUUUUCCGACUAUGGACUUGACGAGCUAUUUAGUAGCAGGGCGUUGUCCCCGGAUUCCGUGUCUUCCGAAUUCGACUUUUCGCUCCUGCAGGACUGGUUGGCAGACUUUAGAGCAUCCUCCCCAGAGUCUGUGACUUCAGUUGAGCAGCGCUCUGUGUUUCCCGGCAUGGCAUUUGGCCAGAUGGAGAGUCAGCACUGUGACUAUUACCUGCGGUACGCUGAGGCUAGACCGGUAUCACCUCGCUCGACCCUGUCAGAUGAUGAGUUUUCUCAAUAUAGUCUCCAGGAACUGUUUGAGGACGACGACAGGCCAGAUUCGCCAGAUUCGCUCCCUUCCCAGGUGGUAGAUAAACAAACAGGCGUUACUGUGACUGCAGCCCCAAGGCCUCAGGGCACAAGACCCCUGACGUAUGCAGACAUCGUGCGGGGCGUUGCUUACCAAAAGCCUGCAGACGCUUUGCCGGGCCUCACCUCCUUUGAGUUGAGACCUGUUUGGCCCCUGCCGGCCUCCUGUGAGAAUGAGUGCGCUCACUACUCCAUAGACGAUUACAUGACUGAGCUCAGACCAGAGUCUCCCGAGUCGGGGGCGUCUCAGAGUGCACUUAGGGCCCUCUCUCCGGACUCACCUGUUCCUCAGUUCACAGUUCCCCAUGUGGGCUACGCCCUGGACUUGUCCAGAGACAGGUCGUUUACCCCAGAAUCAACCUUUUCCGACUGGGAAGGUAGGGAUUUGUGUCUGGAUGCCCUGUUUGAGGAGAGCAGACCAGAGUCCCCGCAGUCAGUUUUCUCCGACUAUGGACUUGACGAGCUAUUUAGUAGCAGGGCGUUGUCCCCGGAUUCCGUGUCUUCCGAAUUCGACUUUUCGCUCCUGCAGGACUGGUUGGCAGACUUUAGAGCAUCCUCCCCAGAGUCUGUGACUUCAGUUGAGCAGCGCUCUGUGUUUCCCGGCAUGGCAUUUGGCCAGAUGGAGAGUCAGCACUGUGACUAUUACCUGCGGUACGCUGAGGCUAGACCGGUAUCACCUCGCUCGACCCUGUCAGAUGAUGAGUUUUCUCAAUAUAGUCUCCAGGAACUGUUUGAGGACGACGACAGGCCAGAUUCGCCAGAUUCGCUCCCUUCCCAGGUGGUAGAUAAACAAACAGGCGUUACUGUGACUGCAGCCCCAAGGCCUCAGGGCACAAGACCCCUGACGUAUGCAGACAUCGUGCGGGGCGUUGCUUACCAAAAGCCUGCAGACGCUUUGCCGGGCCUCACCUCCUUUGAGUUGAGACCUGUUUGGCCCCUGCCGGCCUCCUGUGAGAAUGAGUGCGCUCACUACUCCAUAGACGAUUACAUGACUGAGCUCAGACCAGAGUCUCCCGAGUCGGGGGCGUCUCAGAGUGCACUUAGGGCCCUCUCUCCGGACUCACCUGUUCCUCAGUUCACAGUUCCCCAUGUGGGCUACGCCCUGGACUUGUCCAGAGACAGGUCGUUUACCCCAGAAUCAACCUUUUCCGACUGGGAAGGUAGGGAUUUGUGUCUGGAUGCCCUGUUUGAGGAGAGCAGACCAGAGUCCCCGCAGUCAGUUUUCUCCGACUAUGGACUUGACGAGCUAUUUAGUAGCAGGGCGUUGUCCCCGGAUUCCGUGUCUUCCGAAUUCGACUUUUCGCUCCUGCAGGACUGGUUGGCAGACUUUAGAGCAUCCUCCCCAGAGUCUGUGACUUCAGUUGAGCAGCGCUCUGUGUUUCCCGGCAUGGCAUUUGGCCAGAUGGAGAGUCAGCACUGUGACUAUUACCUGCGGUACGCUGAGGCUAGACCGGUAUCACCUCGCUCGACCCUGUCAGAUGAUGAGUUUUCUCAAUAUAGUCUCCAGGAACUGUUUGAGGACGACGACAGGCCAGAUUCGCCAGAUUCGCUCCCUUCCCAGGUGGUAGAUAAACAAACAGGCGUUACUGUGACUGCAGCCCCAAGGCCUCAGGGCACAAGACCCCUGACGUAUGCAGACAUCGUGCGGGGCGUUGCUUACCAAAAGCCUGCAGACGCGUUGCCGGGCCUCACCUCCUUUGAGUUGAGACCUGUUUGGCCCCUGCCGGCCUCCUGUGAGAAUGAGUGCGCUCACUACUCCAUAGACGAUUACAUGACUGAGCUCAGACCAGAGUCUCCCGAGUCGGGGGCGCCUCAGAGUGCACUUAGGGCCCUCUCUCCGGACUCACCUGUUCCUCAGUUCACAGUUCCCCAUGUGGGCUACGCCCUGGACUUGUCCAGAGACAGGUCGUUUACCCCAGAAUCAACCUUUUCCGACUGGGAAGGUAGGGAUUUGUGUCUGGAUGCCCUGUUUGAGGAGAGCAGACCAGAGUCCCCGCAGUCAGUUUUCUCCGACUAUGGACUUGACGAGCUAUUUAGUAGCAGGGCGUUGUCCCCGGAUUCCGUGUCUUCCGAAUUCGACUUUUCGCUCCUGCAGGACUGGUUGGCAGACUUUAGAGCAUCCUCCCCAGAGUCUGUGACUUCAGUUGAGCAGCGCUCUGUGUUUCCCGGCAUGGCAUUUGGCCAGAUGGAGAGUCAGCACUGUGACUAUUACCUGCGGUACGCUGAGGCUAGACCGGUAUCACCUCGCUCGACCCUGUCAGAUGAUGAGUUUUCUCAAUAUAGUCUCCAGGAACUGUUUGAGGACGACGACAGGCCAGAUUCGCCAGAUUCGCUCCCUUCCCAGGUGGUAGAUAAACAAACAGGCGUUACUGUGACUGCAGCCCCAAGGCCUCAGGGCACAAGACCCCUGACGUAUGCAGACAUCGUGCGGGGCGUUGCUUACCAAAAGCCUGCAGACGCUUUGCCGGGCCUCACCUCCUUUGAGUUGAGACCUGUUUGGCCCCUGCCGGCCUCCUGUGAGAAUGAGUGCGCUCACUACUCCAUAGACGAUUACAUGACUGAGCUCAGACCAGAGUCUCCCGAGUCGGGGGCGUCUCAGAGUGCACUUAGGGCCCUCUCUCCGGACUCACCUGUUCCUCAGUUCACAGUUCCCCAUGUGGGCUACGCCCUGGACUUGUCCAGAGACAGGUCGUCUACCCCAGAAUCAACCUUUUCCGACUGGGAAGGUAGGGAUUUGUGUCUGGGUGCCCUGUUUGAGGAGAGCAGACCAGAGUCCCCGCAGUCAGUUUUCUCCGACUAUGGACUUGACGAGCUAUUUAGUAGCAGGGCGUUGUCCCCGGAUUCCGUGUCUUCCGAAUUCGACUUUUCGCUCCUGCAGGACUGGUUGGCAGACUUUAGAGCAUCCUCCCCAGAGUCUGUGACUUCAGUUGAGCAGCGCUCUGUGUUUCCCGGCAUGGCAUUUGGCCAGAUGGAGAGUCAGCACUGUGACUAUUACCUGCGGUACGCUGAGGCUAGACCGGUAUCACCUCGCUCGACCCUGUCAGAUGAUGAGUUUUCUCAAUAUAGUCUCCAGGAACUGUUUGAGGACGACGACAGGCCAGAUUCGCCAGAUUCGCUCCCUUCCCAGGUGGUAGAUAAACAAACAGGCGUUACUGUGACUGCAGCCCCAAGGCCUCAGGGCACAAGACCCCUGACGUAUGCAGACAUCGUGCGGGGCGUUGCUUACCAAAAGCCUGCAGACGCGUUGCCGGGCCUCACCUCCUUUGAGUUGAGACCUGUUUGGCCCCUGCCGGCCUCCUGUGAGAAUGAGUGCGCUCACUACUCCAUAGACGAUUACAUGACUGAGCUCAGACCAGAGUCUCCCGAGUCGGGGGCGUCUCAGAGUGCACUUAGGGCCCUCUCUCCGGACUCACCUGUUCCUCAGUUCACAGUUCCCCAUGUGGGCUACGCCCUGGACUUGUCCAGAGACAGGUCGUUUACCCCAGAAUCAACCUUUUCCGACUGGGAAGGUAGGGAUUUGUGUCUGGAUGCCCUGUUUGAGGAGAGCAGACCAGAGUCCCCGCAGUCAGUUUUCUCCGACUAUGGACUUGACGAGCUAUUUAGUAGCAGGGCGUUGUCCCCGGAUUCCGUGUCUUCCGAAUUCGACUUUUCGCUCCUGCAGGACUGGUUGGCAGACUUUAGAGCAUCCUCCCCAGAGUCUGUGACUUCAGUUGAGCAGCGCUCUGUGUUUCCCGGCAUGGCAUUUGGCCAGAUGGAGAGUCAGCACUGUGACUAUUACCUGCGGUACGCUGAGGGUAGACCGGUAUCACCUCGCUCGACCCUGUCAGAUGAUGAGUUUUCUCAAUAUAGUCUCCAGGAACUGUUUGAGGACGACGACAGGCCAGAUUCGCCAGAUUCGCUCCCUUCCCAGGUGGUAGAUAAACAAACAGGCGUUACUGUGACUGCAGCCCCAAGGCCUCAGGGCACAAGACCCCUGACGUAUGCAGACAUCGUGCGGGGCGUUGCUUACCAAAAGCCUGCAGACGCGUUGCCGGGCCUCACCUCCUUUGAGUUGAGACCUGUUUGGCCCCUGCCGGCCUCCUGUGAGAAUGAGUGCGCUCACUACUCCAUAGACGAUUACAUGACUGAGCUCAGACCAGAGUCUCCCGAGUCGGGGGCGCCUCAGAGUGCACUUAGGGCCCUCUCUCCGGACUCACCUGUUCCUCAGUUCACAGUUCCCCAUGUGGGCUACGCCCUGGACUUGUCCAGAGACAGGUCGUUUACCCCAGAAUCAACCUUUUCCGACUGGGAAGGUAGGGAUUUGUGUCUGGAUGCCCUGUUUGAGGAGAGCAGACCAGAGUCCCCGCAGUCAGUUUUCUCCGACUAUGGACUUGACGAGCUAUUUAGUAGCAGGGCGUUGUCCCCGGAUUCCGUGUCUUCCGAAUUCGACUUUUCGCUCCUGCAGGACUGGUUGGCAGACUUUAGAGCAUCCUCCCCAGAGUCUGUGACUUCAGUUGAGCAGCGCUCUGUGUUUCCCGGCAUGGCAUUUGGCCAGAUGGAGAGUCAGCACUGUGACUAUUACCUGCGGUACGCUGAGGCUAGACCGGUAUCACCUCGCUCGACCCUGUCAGAUGAUGAGUUUUCUCAAUAUAGUCUCCAGGAACUGUUUGAGGACGACGACAGGCCAGAUUCGCCAGAUUCGCUCCCUUCCCAGGUGGUAGAUAAACAAACAGGCGUUACUGUGACUGCAGCCCCAAGGCCUCAGGGCACAAGACCCCUGACGUAUGCAGACAUCGUGCGGGGCGUUGCUUACCAAAAGCCUGCAGACGCUUUGCCGGGCCUCACCUCCUUUGAGUUGAGACCUGUUUGGCCCCUGCCGGCCUCCUGUGAGAAUGAGUGCGCUCACUACUCCAUAGACGAUUACAUGACUGAGCUCAGACCAGAGUCUCCCGAGUCGGGGGCGUCUCAGAGUGCACUUAGGGCCCUCUCUCCGGACUCACCUGUUCCUCAGUUCACAGUUCCCCAUGUGGGCUACGCCCUGGACUUGUCCAGAGACAGGUCGUUUACCCCAGAAUCAACCUUUUCCGACUGGGAAGGUAGGGAUUUGUGUCUGGAUGCCCUGUUUGAGGAGAGCAGACCAGAGUCCCCGCAGUCAGUUUUCUCCGACUAUGGACUUGACGAGCUAUUUAGUAGCAGGGCGUUGUCCCCGGAUUCCGUGUCUUCCGAAUUCGACUUUUCGCUCCUGCAGGACUGGUUGGCAGACUUUAGAGCAUCCUCCCCAGAGUCUGUGACUUCAGUUGAGCAGCGCUCUGUGUUUCCCGGCAUGGCAUUUGGCCAGAUGGAGAGUCAGCACUGUGACUAUUACCUGCGGUACGCUGAGGGUAGACCGGUAUCACCUCGCUCGACCCUGUCAGAUGAUGAGUUUUCUCAAUAUAGUCUCCAGGAACUGUUUGAGGACGACGACAGGCCAGAUUCGCCAGAUUCGCUCCCUUCCCAGGUGGUAGAUAAACAAACAGGCGUUACUGUGACUGCAGCCCCAAGGCCUCAGGGCACAAGACCCCUGACGUAUGCAGACAUCGUGCGGGGCGUUGCUUACCAAAAGCCUGCAGACGCGUUGCCGGGCCUCACCUCCUUUGAGUUGAGACCUGUUUGGCCCCUGCCGGCCUCCUGUGAGAAUGAGUGCGCUCACUACUCCAUAGACGAUUACAUGACUGAGCUCAGACCAGAGUCUCCCGAGUCGGGGGCAUCUCAGAGUGCACUUAGGGCCCUCUCUCCGGACUCACCUGUUCCUCAGUUCACAGUUCCCCAUGUGGGCUACGCCCUGGACAUGUCCAGAGACAGGUCGUUUACCCCAGAAUCAACCUUUUCCGACUGGGAAGGUAGGGAUUUGUGUCUGGAUGCCCUGUUUGAGGAGAGCAGACCAGAGUCCCCGCAGUCAGUUUUCUCCGACUAUGGACUUGACGAGCUAUUUAGUAGCAGGGCGUUGUCCCCGGAUUCCGUGUCUUCCGAAUUCGACUUUUCGCUCCUGCAGGACUGGUUGGCAGACUUUAGAGCAUCCUCCCCAGAGUCUGUGACUUCAGUUGAGCAGCGCUCUGUGUUUCCCGGCAUGGCAUUUGGCCAGAUGGAGAGUCAGCACUGUGACUAUUACCUGCGGUACGCUGAGGGUAGACCGGUGUCACCUCGCUCGACCCUGUCAGAUGAUGAGUUUUCUCAAUAUAGUCUCCAGGAACUGUUUGAGGACGACGACAGGCCAGAUUCGCCAGAUUUGCUCCCUUCCCAGGUGGUAGCUAAACAAACAGGCGUUACUGUGACUGCAGCCCCAAGGCCUCAGGGCACAAGACCCCUGACGUAUGCAGACAUCGUGCGGGGCGUUGCUUACCAAAAGCCUGCAGACGCGUUGCCGGGCCUCACCUCCUUUGAGUUGAGACCUGUUUGGGCCCUGCCGGCCUCCUGUGAGAAUGAGUGCGCUCACUACUCCAUAGACGAUUACAUGACUGAGCUCAGACCAGAGUCUCCCGAGUCGGGGGCGUCUCAGAGUGCACUUAGGGCCCUCUCUCCGGACUCACCUGUUCCUCAGUUCACAGUUCCCCAUGUGGGCUACGCCCUGGACUUGUCCAGAGACAGGUCGUUUACCCCAGAAUCAACCUUUUCCGACUGGGAAGGUAGGGAUUUGUGUCUGGAUGCCCUGUUUGAGGAGAGCAGACCAGAGUCCCCGCAGUCAGUUUUCUCCGACUAUGGACUUGACGAGCUAUUUAGUAGCAGGGCGUUGUCCCCGGAUUCCGUGUCUUCCGAAUUCGACUUUUCGCUCCUGCAGGACUGGUUGGCAGACUUUAGAGCAUCCUCCCCAGAGUCUGUGACUUCAGUUGAGCAGCGCUCUGUGUUUCCCGGCAUGGCAUUUGGCCAGAUGGAGUGUCAGCACUGUGACUAUUACCUGCGGUACGCUGAGGGUAGACCGGUAUCACCUCGCUCGACCCUGUCAGAUGAUGAGUUUUCUCAAUAUAGUCUCCAGGAACUGUUUGAGGACGACGACAGGCCAGAUUCGCCAGAUUCGCUUUUCAAUAAUAUCAACUUAUUUUUUCAUAAUUCUUUUAUUCCACCAUGUCAGAGUAGUUCUAGAUUUAUUUUUGCUGAAAUUAAAGAAACCAAAACUGUAGGGUUUUAUCAGCAUGAGAUCAACACUGAAGGCACUGAAAAAAUUUCAUUGUCAGACAAUCUUUCACCAUCAACUAGCAAUUCAUGUAUAGAAGAGGACACGUUGUGUUUUUUAUCACAUUUAGUCACUGACCAGAGGUUGUCCUCUCCAGAAUCUUUUUGUUCACUUGAUGAGUUUACUCCUCUCUCUCCUGACUCACAAAUUCCCCAGUUUCCAAGUGAUCAUUUUUAUUCUGUGUAUUAUUUAGAGAGCAGGUCCAUUUCUCCACACUCCUUGAUAACGGAGGGGGAUCAAACUGACUUAUGUAGCUCUACCUAUUUAGAAGCUAUCAGGUCAGAAUCUCCUGAAUCCAUCCUGCCUGAUAGCGAAAUUUCUGGGUUACAUAGUGAGAAGACAUUGGAAAAUGAGUACUCAGAAUCAUUUAUUCAUUACUGGCUCUCUGAGUUACACCCAACUUUCUCUGAAAUCCCUGAAACAGGCGAUUUAGACAAAGAUCUAAACAAGUUACCAAGUAGGCAAAGUCCCUCAACAGAGACGGUUAAAGCUAACAGACUUUCUUAUAGGCCAGUAUCCAGGAGGUUGAUGUCACAUGUAUGUGAUCCAGUUUAUAAAGGACAUGUUUUGAAUGAGGUAGUUUUAAGUGACAGAGUUUUUGAUCAAAACAAAAUUUCAAGUUUACCUGACAGCAUUGGACAGCCACAAACCACCACCAAAUCAUUUGGUAAGGAAGGCACCAAACCAAUCUCCAAACCAUCAAAACAUUUGCCAAUAUCCCUUCCCCUUGUACCUGCUCUGACAACAGCAGAUUUACAUCCUGAAACAAAGGAGCUUCUUCCUGAAGCAUGUGUGGAAGAACCCACAGCUCCUGCUUUAAAGUCAAAUAACUAGCCACCCGCCACCCCCACCCCCACCCCCUACCCUCUCACCCCCCACCCCCACACCCACCCCCUUUAGACAGCAAAGCUUUAGGACUAAAUGAGGUCAGAAUUCAAGAUUUGCCUAUUUAUAACUGAGUUAAGUCUCAUGCCAUAUGUAGAACAAAAUUCCAAAUGUCAUUAUGUUGCCUUGCUGGAGGAGGCUUUCCAUGUACAAGAAAAAACAAUACCCAUGGACAAAACCCAGAAUCCCCAUUUAGGAUGACUUGUGCCCAAGAUCUGUUUUCCAAGAACAUGUAAAGAAAAUCCAUGAAAGAUGACCAGAACUCAAGUUCCUUGGUGUCGGUAAGCCAGAGCAAGGUCUUGCUUAGCAAUGAAUGCAGUGUUGCUUUAAGAGUAAUACACCUGGCAAUAAAUAGUGAAUGUAGUUUUUUUGCCCCAUGUUUUCACAAAUAAAAUUCAACAGUUGAUGCUGUCUGGCUUUGGCAUGUUUAGGCGGAAAAAAUAACUAUCAGUAAGGCACAGCAGAAAUCACUAAAUGAUUUGUCAUAACAACCUGCGCUUUUUUCCCUGCUAUGGAGUGGUCUUACAAUCUGCAUUGAUGAAAAUAUGACUCAUCUGCUUAGUGUUAUCCUUUAGACUGCCUUAAUGGAUCCCUAUAAGCCAAAGAAACUGGGUGUGAUCAAAUUUUGUUCGGAUGCCAUACAGUUUUAUUUUCUAAUAUUCUUAUCUGUUGUGGUCCACUUUGGUAGAAGUGUGUCAGUUUUUGCUUAACCCCCAUAAAAGUCUAAACCAAGUUAUGUACUUGCCACAGUUGUUCAUCACCUUGGAUGGAAGGCUCUUCCUUUUUCCAUUACAUAUAUAAAUGUAAAUGUAUAAGUUUGAGACAGGGAAGCAGCAGUCGAGAAUAUAGAAGCUUUUGACUGUGACAAAUACCAUAAACUGGUGGAUUUAGCGUUUUAAUGGGGAAUGCCAAGCUUACUGCACUUGUUUAACAGUGUGGUAGCAACCAUGUCUUUAAAAUGGUAAUGAUUUGCAUGUCCCCUUACACCAAAUUCUGAAGUUCAUUUGCACCUUGUUUGUAAUGUAAUGCAUUUUAAUUGCCUAAACAAAUCAUUACCCAUCAUACAACAAAAGUAUCUUGACUAUCCUGCUGUCAUUAUAUGAUGCAUUAUAAAUUCUAAACGGUAAAUGUUGAAACUAGUGAGUUACAACUGUUGUGACUAAAAUGCAACAAGGCUGCAAGUGAAUUUUCCUCACGAGACACUUCUCUCAAUUUAAAAAAAGGGGGCUUGUCUUUGAUAAAUGCAUGUUUCAUGUUUCACUCCCCCUUUCUUAAGAAAAUCACAAAUUAUAUUUAUUUUUCAAUCCAUUGUAUCAUCUCUUACAGGUAUCAACUGCAUCUUCCAGGAAAAAUCUCUCAGAUUCUUCACUGAAACAAACAGAUGUUCAUUUAGGGCAGAGUCAGAGUUUCUCCGUCAAAACAUCAUCCUUACCAAACGAUUCAGAAACAUUAUCAGCUGAAAAACUAGAGUCACAGAUUUCAGGUACUUUUGACCUUGGGAAAACGCAACCUGAAAUCACGCUGAGCGAUCAAAGUAGUUCGCCAGAGGAACAUUUUGAAUUGCUAUCAUACCCUGAACAAAGUGAAAACUGUGGUUUUACUACAAUAAGCUCAGUGAUCCCAGACUUAACCUGCCCAAUGCCUCAAGACAGUCCAGAUGACCAGAUCAUAAACUCUUCAGAUUCCACUCUAAAUCCACCUGAGUCUGAGUCCCCACAGCUUGACCAGUUGCUUUCAGACCUGGAGGAGAUGAAACUUAAGUUUAGGCCGGAGACAUCUGACUCCCCUCCAUCAGAAUCCACCGAUGGAAGCCUUGAAGAUGAUCAAAUUCACCAGAUCAAAGACCUUUCACCUGAGGACUGUUACUCUGCAGAAGUUAAUGACCCUUUUGGGGUUAGUUUAUCAUUUGCUGUUGAACUUUCUAAGGAUACAAACAAUACAGAUUCACCCUUUACAGAAUCUACAGAUGUUCUGAUGCCCAUUCAAUUUGAGCAUGAAAUAGUUUCAACUGAGAACUCUGAUGCAAGUGUGCUGCCAGCUCACUUGGACAAUAGCUCUGCAUCAGCAGCUGAGUCACUUUUAUUUGCAGAACCUGCCAAAAUAUUUGGUGAAGUAACUGAACCAUCACUGGACCCAAGUUCACCCAUGGACAUUUUCCAGUUCAGAAAAUUUGAAGAAAAUGUGUCUGAUGCAUCUUCCUCUGCAUCCUCAUCAAAGGUUUCGCCAACAAGCCCGUUUGAAAUACUUGAUGAAAAUCUAACAAUCCUUGGUGAAGAAGAUUUUACCCCUGAUUCUAUACAAAGUCAAGAAGAACUUGAAUCAAUUUUAUCAGCUGAUGACUCAAAGGAUUCAAUGCCGAGUGUCCAAGAUGAACCUGCACAGCUGGAAAAAGCCUUUUCUGUUGAAUCUGCUCAAAGUGAAGAAGAUUUUACUCCUGAUUUUAUACAUAGUCGAGAAGAACUUGAAUCAGUUUUAUCAGCUGAUGACUCAAAGGCUUCAACGCCGAGUGUCCAAGAUGAACCUGCACAGCUGGAAAAAGCCUUUUCUGUUGAAUCUCCUCUUGGUGAAGAAGAUUCAACCCAUGACACUAUACAAAGUCAAGAAGAACUUUUAUCAGCUAAUGACUCAAAGCCUUCAUCACACAGUGUCCAAGAUGAACCUGCACAGCUGGAAAAAGCCUUUUCUGUUGAAUCUACUCAAAGUGAAGACUUUUCCUCUCAGUCUCUCUCUGAAUUGACUCCAGAAACAGUCACAUGUAUGAGAUAUUUUGGCUUUGAGGAACUGAUGCCGCUCUCUUACCAAGGGAAUUCUGAGACAUCCUUGCAUGAACAAAAGCCAAGCACCACUUCACAGUCUUCAGAAGAAGCUCUGACUCCAGAAGACUCUGAGGGUUUUAUCCCUCAGCCCAUUUCUAAUAAACUCAAUCUGGAAGCCACCUCUGCUGAUGAGUACAGUAUCCCACCUGUUGAUGCACAGACCUCGCCCAUAACAAAAAAUCCUGACAUGCGUACAGAAUAUGUAAAAGUUUUACAAAGCAGCGCAGACAGCCCGACUUUUGAAUAUUCCGACCCAGAGCCUUUCUUUGACUGCAGGCAAGCAGCAUCCGAUUAUUCAGAGACAGAUGAACCUGAUACCAAAAGGACAGCAGAAAAGUUCAGUCGACGAAUGCUCUUGUCCUCUGGAAGUGAAGAUUAUGAGGAUGCUGCUCUUGUCCAUGUAGCUUUGGAUGACGCACAAGAAGAGAGGCAGCAAUUACUACACCAUCCAGAAGACUCAGAUGAAGAAUUCACCUUAUGUGAGGCUGCAAAUCUGCCUCCUGGUGCUAAAACUGGAGCAUACAAUGAUACUGAUACAUGUCUGUCAAGGGUAAGAUGAGAUUUGGUUAAAAUUCCCACCUGCAAGCUUUUCCCGGAGCUGAGCUUAACCAAAUACUUUGAGUGCUUCAGAAAGUAAUGACUGCUAACCCUGCAGCUGUUUGGAUGGGAUUAAAGCUCAACCCUUAACCCUGAUUUUGUUUUGAUUUCAGAUUUGACUGGUCCUCACUCAGCAUGUCACUCAGCUUCCUUGAACUAACUGUACCACUUAAACCGAUAGCAAAAGUUUUGUGGUUUUCCAUCAGCAAAGAAAAAAAAACUGGAAUUCUCUAAGUAAAGCAUGUUUUGCCAACUUUUUUCCAAGCCACAGACUGCCAUGAUGUACCUUCCAUUGUGAGAUACCUCAAAUUUAGAGUAAAAUAUGCUGAAUCAGUGGAAAGUGCAUCGUGUCACUCAGCUCACCGCUUGCUUUCCUUCAAACAGGUUAAAUAUGUUUUCAUUCAUUUAUGUAAAUAGAUUUGUGUUGCUUGGACAGGAGAUCAUCGCUGAGCUUGGGUCAAUAUCAGAAAGUUCAGAUGAUGAAUUUCUGACCACCAGAGUAGUGCGAAGGAGAGUUUUCAUUCAGGUAUCUGAUGGUGUAUUAAAAGAGCAUGAAGGGUAUGAGCUCCUGAAACCAGCCUCUGUUUUCACUGUGAUGUUAAAAUGUUCACCAUCUAACAAUCUGAAAUUUCGUAAGUCUGGGUGCAAAAAUAAUGUGUUGAAGAUUACCUAAUAGCUAUGUGAAUCCUCCCUCUUGAUUUGCAUACAUGGCUGAAUCAUGUCCGAGUCUUUUAUGCUGCUGUGGCCUCUUCCUUGUUAUUUCAAUUGUUAACCCACUGUAACCCGUUUAAACCAGAGAAUGCAGCUUUGUCUCCUGUGUCCCAAAUUAUUUGUUAUUUCACCAAAUAACCAUCUAUAAUGAAAAGUUCAUUUUUCUCCUAAUAUGUGUUUGGGUUUUAUUUUGAGGUGCAGAUUUAAACCUAUUAAUCAACAUUACACUAACCCAUCUCUGCAUCUCUGAUUAUUGUUUGCUGUGUAUUCUCAACAGGCUGAUGAGAUGCCUAACCUCCCCUCUCAGUCGGUAACUGAAGAAAAGUACAAGGAUGAAAAUGGACACAUUGUGGUCAAAAAGGUAAAGCUAUCACAUAAAUAUUUAAGAUGGUAUUAUACUUCUUAGCAACAGUCGCCAGUAGUAAAAUGUAAUUUUUCCAGAAUCUUCAGAGGAUUUUUGUUGCAUUGAGUUUUUAUUCAAUCAACCAAUCUUUAUUUAUGUAGCACCAGUUCACAACAAAUAUUAUCUUAAGAUGCUAACAAAGGAGUAGUCUAGAUCAUACUCUUCAUAAUAUUUACAGGAAGAUCCAACAUAGUGAUGGGAUAAGAUUGAGCAAGAUCACACCUGCUCCUAUCCCACCUUUAACCACAUGAGUGUAACACUGAUCAAGUCACAGUGGCAAAGAAAAACUCCCUUUUAACAGGCAGAAAGCUUAAGCAAAACCCAACUCAUGUUAGACAGUCAUCUACUGGGUUUAAAGAAGGGAUAAAGUGAGAUGUGGACAGAGAGAGAUGACAAGAGGCAAAAGAUAUGAGAUAAGAAGUUCAUGCUGUAUGUCAGAGCACUUUGACAUACAGUUUUCCAGAAUUAAUUCAUAAAUCAAAUAUGGUAGUUUGAUAUUUCUCUAUAAACUAAUGCUUGUUGUCUUUGUACACAAUCUGUUCUUUAGGUUACCCGUAAGAUCAUCCGUAAGUGUGUAUCUGCGGAUGGUGUGGAGCGAACAGAGGUUUCAGGAGAAGAAGGUGCUCCUGAGGGGCCCAUCAGUAUUACAGAGAGAGAUGGAUACUCUAAGGUAGUGAAGAGGACUGUCCUGAAGAGUGAGGGAGACCACACAGAGGUAAGUGUACUACAUGGGUGUGUGUGUGUGUGUUGAAUUAAUAAUCUUAAAUCAUUUAUAACAGAAAAUUACAGGCAAAUCAUAUUGGUUUUUUUGUAAUAUUAUUUACAGGAAUUAUCAUUAAACAAAUUUCCUUUAGGGGAUGAAUUAAAUUGAUGUACUGUGUUGUAUUGUCUUGUAUUAAUAAAAUACUUGUGACUUUUCUUCAUUCAAUUAGGUAACAUUUGCUGAAUGUGAAGGUCUCUCAUCUUCAAAACAUGACGUAGCUGAAGGUGGUAAGGUCAGACACACAGAAAAGACAACGGUGGUCGAAGGUGAAAGGACAAUGACACACAAAGGGGAUCCAUCUUUGGCCUCUGACCUCCCUUCAGCCAAAGAUGACUUCAAACAGGUGUGUUCAAAACCACUCAAGUAUCAACUCUUUAACUCUGACAGAGAAGGUGUAACAUAACUCGCUCCAUGUGUAAGACUAUUAGAUGUUUUAUUUUUAACUUGACUGUUAAUCAAUAUGAAGCCAUCUCCUUUUUUUAAUUCAAUCACUGAGUUCAUAGAUUUCUGUUUUCUCCCUCUUGUGACAACAGGCACUAGGUUAUAUAAGUGGUUUUAGCAGAACAGCAGAGCUCCCACAUGUGGUAGAAAGAGAAACUGUCAGAGAAGAUGGUACUGUGGUCAGGAGGUGUGUGAGGAAAAUAAUGCACCAGUUUGGGUAUCUUUGUGUGUGCGUGUGUCUAACUGCUUUUUGGUGAUGUUAUAAGAUAUGGUUAAUUUUACUUAUUAGGACUAAAGGUGUUCCUUAACCCUUUAAUGCCUGAAACCAAAAGCCAGAAAAUUCAAAGGUUUUUUUGGAGCUGAAAACCCCAAAAAUCAAAAUGUCCUCAAAAUUUAACAAAUAUAUAUAUAUAUAUAUAUAUAGAUAGAUCUAGAUAGAUAGAUAGAGCUCGUUUGAUAGAUGUUUUUGGACCUGAUAAACCACAAGAGGACAUUUUUAUCAUUUAUCAGACUGUAUUCAGGUGUUUUUUUUUAGUAAUUUGUUGAUCAUAUUGAUUUGAUAAAAGUAUAAUAAAGUAUGUAUCAAUUAUGAUACAAAAGGCAUCAAAGGGCUAAUGUUGCUAACCCCUUAGAUAAGCAGAAAUCAUGAGAAAUAUGUGAACGGUUUUUCGAAGACACAUUUAUCCAGUAUCUAACUAUCUGCAUUUUUGUGGGAGUGACAAACCAGCUGGCAACUUGUCCUGUGCUUGGUGUUGGAUAUUAACACAUUAACAGUUUGGCUAAACUCCAUAUUUCAACAUUGUCAGAGAGUGAUUGGUUUUAUGGAUGAUUUUGUAAAUAUAAAGGGUCAGCUUACAUGUGAUCACCAGGAAAUGUGCCACUACCCAAAGUGUUUUCCACCAUGUAUUUCAGAAGUUGCAGUGCACACAUCAAAAUUGAGUGCAUGAUUGACAGUGCAUGAGAUAUUUGCCAGUGAUUUAUUUCUGCUCAGUAACAUUCAGUAAAGCGUGUACAGAUCACAGUGUUUUUAGCUCUAAUUGACCUUCUUCUCUUUGUUUCUACAUCACCUAUCUAAAGGGCCCACAUGCGUAAAGGUCGCACCAUCAGACGAACGGCAGUGAAGGGAGCUGGGCAGCAUAAACAGGUCCUUCUACAGCAAGUGGACAAGCCCAGAAAAGGGUCCAAACCAUCUGAUCUCCAGCAGCAUCUCCACCAGCUAUUUCACCACUACUACCAAGAAGAAAAGGAGAACACUGAUGAGACUGAAGAGGAUGAGCAGGACGAGUAG